CCCACAGCUCCUGUCAUCCUGGACUUCAUGACCAUGUUGGCCAUCUGUCACACGGCCGUCCCCGAGCACACCGACAAUAAGAUCGUCUACCAGGCUGCCUCGCCAGGUAAGGCCCACCAGUCCUGACCUCACAGCACUGCUCUAUGACAGCCUUACAACUGCUCUUAAUAGCCUUUUGACAGCCUUAUGAUAGCUUGAAAUGCCACGUCAGUCACCAAACGUCCGUCAAUCAAUCUACCAAUCAAAUAUAAGAGAACAGGAGCAGAGGAUCUCCAGUUGACGUUGAAUAAAUGGCCGUCUCUAGGCGACCACUUACCUUGUCCUGCCUCAAUUUCCUGUGUUCCUAAGUCUCAUUGUUUGCCACGCACCUCAAACCUCUCCGUAUCGUCUGCAGACAUAUAAUGACAACACCAUCACAUCGAUAUCAACUAAUGACAUCAAUACCUUAUUGAAGAUGGGAGUGACACAAACUGGGACGUGACCAGUAUACAAAAGACAGCAAUUUCUUUGUGCAGUAGUGGAACAGACAUCGGAACAAUACUUAAAGGAUGCACAUUAACCCUGAGUAUUCUCUAUUAUAUUAUACAAGUUCAAUCUGACUUCAUAUGCUUUGAUCCACCAAGGCUAGAUGUUUUGAAGUGGUAGAAUGCAGGGUCGUGUUCAACAGGCACCAAGGCAGUGGUAGAGAUUGAGAUCUAGGUCUCUUUUCCAAAUGCGCCCUGUAUAAUACAAUAUAAAAUACACUUUAAACACUGUGUGUGUAUACAUACAGUGGGGAGAACAAGUAUUUGAUACACUGCCGAUUUUGCAGGUUUUCCUACUUACAAAGCAUGUAGAGGUCUGUAAUUUUGAUCAUAGGUACACUUCAACUGUGAGAGACGGAAUCUAAAACAAAAAUCCAGAAAAUCACAUUGUAUGAUUUUUAAGUAAUUAAUUUGUAUUUUAUUGCAUGACAGAAAUAUUUGAUACAUAAGAAAAGCAGAACUUAAUAUUUGGUACAGAAACCUUUGUUUGCAAUUACAGAGAUCAUACGUUUCCUGUAGGUCUUGACCAGGUUUGCACACACUGCAGCAGGGAUUUUGGCCCACUCCUCCAUACAGACCUUUUCCAGAUCCUUCAGGUUUCGGGGCUGUCGCUGGGCAAUACGGACUUUCAGCUCCCUCCAAAGAUUUUCUAUUGGGUUCAGGUCUGGAGACUGGCUAGGCCACUCCAGGACCUUGAGAUGCUUCUUACGGAGCCACUCCUUAGUUGCCCUGGCUGUGUGUUUCGGGUCGUUGUCAUGCUGGAAGACCCAGCCACGACCCAUCUUCAAUGCUCUUACUGAAGGAAGGAGGUUGUUGGCCAAGAUCUCGCGAUACAUGGCCCCAUCCAUCCUCCCCUCAAUACGGUGCAGUCGUCCUGUCCCCUUUGCAGAAAAGCAUCCCCAAAGAAUGAUGUUUCCACCUCCAUGCUUCACGGUUGGGAUGGUGUUCUUGGGGUUGUACUCAUCCUUCUUCUUCCUCCAAACACGGCGAGUGGAGUUUAGACCAAAAAGCUCUAUUUUUGUCUCAUCAGACCACAUGACCUUCUCCCAUUCCUCCUCUGGAUCAUCCAGAUGGUCAUUGGCAAACUUCAGACGGGCCUGGACAUGCGCUGGCUUGAGCAGGGGGGACCUUGCGUGCGCUGCAGGAUUUUAAUCCAUGAUGGCGUAGUGUGUUACUAAUGGUUUUCUUUGAGACUGUGGUCCCAGCUCUCUUCAGGUCAUUGACCAGGUCCUGCCGUGUAGUUCUGGGCUGAUCCCUCACCUUCCUCAUGAUCAUUGAUGCCUCACGAGGUGAGAUCUUGCAUGGAGCCCCAGACCGAGGGUGAUUGACCGUCAUCUUGAACUUCUUCCAUUUUCUAAUAAUUGCGCCAACAGUUGUUGCCUUCUCGCCAAGCUGCUUGCCUAUUGUCCUGUAGCCCAUCCCACCUUUUGCAGGUCUACAAUUUUAUCCCUGAUGUCCUUACACAGCUCUCUGGUCUUGGCCAUUGUGGAGAGGUUGGAGUUUGUUUGAUUGAGUGUGUGGACAGGUGUCUUUUAUACAGGUAACGAGUUCAAAGAGGUGCAGUUAAUACAGGUAAUGAGUGGAGAACAGGAGGGCUUCUUAAAGAAAAACUAACAGGUCUGUGAGAGCCGGAAUUCUUACUGGUUGUUAGGUGAUCAAAUACUUAUGUCAUGCAAUAAAAUGCAAAUUAAUUACUUAAAAAUCAUACAAUGUCUCUCACAGUUGAAGUGUACCUAUGAUAACAAUUACAGACCUCUACAUGCUUUGUAAGUAGGAAAACCUGCAAAAUUGGCAGUGUAUCAAAUACUUGUUCUCCCCACUGUACCUGCAUGCAUACAUGCAUACAUACAUGCAUACAUACAGUUGAAGUCGGAAGUUUACAUACACUUAGGUUGGAGUCAUUAAAACUUGUUUUUCAACCACUCCACACAUUUCUUGUUAACAAACUAUAGUUUUGGCAAGUCGGUUAGGACAUCUACUUUGUGCAUGACACAAGUAAUUUUUCCAACAAUUGUUUACAGACAGUUUAUUUCACUUAUAAUUCACUGUAUCACAAUUCCAGUGGGUCAGAAGUUUACAUACACAAACUCAGUGCCUCUUUGCUUGACAUCAUGGGAAAAUCAAAAGAAAUCAGCCAAGACCUCAGAAAAAAAAUGGUAGACCUCCACAAGUCUGGUUCAUCCUUGGGAGCAAUUUCCAAACGCCUGAAGGUACCACGUUCAUCUGUACAAACAAUAGUAUGCAAGUAUAAACACCAUGGGACCACGCAGCCGUCAUACCGCUCAGGAAGGAGACAUGUUCUGUCUCCUAGAGAUUAACUUACUUUUGUGCGAAAAGUGCAAAACAAUCCCAGAACAACAGCAAAGGACCUUGUGAAGAUGCUGGAGGAAACAGGUACAAAAGUAUCUAUAUCCACAGUAAAACGAGUCCUAUAUCGACAUAACCUGAAAGGCCGCUCAGCAAGGAAUAAGCCACUGCUCCAAAACCGCCAUAAAAAAGCCAGACUACGGUUUGCAACUGCACAUGGGGACAAAGAUCAUACUUUUUGGAGAAAUGUCCUCUGGUCUGAUGAAAUAAAAAUAUAACUUUUUGGCCAUAAUGACCAUCGUUAUGUUUGGAGAAAAAAGGGGGAUGCUUGCAAACCGAAAAACACCAUCCCAACCGUGAAGCAUGGGGGUGGCAGCAUCAUGCUGUGGGGUGCUUUGCUGCAGGAGGGACUGUGGCACUUCACAAAAUAGAUGGCAUCAUGAGGAAGGAAAAGGAUGUGGAUAUAUUGAAGCAACAUCUCAAGACAUCAGUCAGGAAGUUUAAAGCUUGGUCGCAAAUGGGUCUUCCAAAUGGACAAUGACCCCAAGCAUACUUCCAAAGUUGUGGCAAAAUGGCUUAAGGAUAACAAAGUCGAGGUAUUGGAGUGGCCAUCACAAAGCCCUGACCUCAAUCCUACAGAAAAUGUGUUGGCAGAACUGAAAAAGCGUGUGCGAGCAAGGAGGCCUACAAACCUGACUCAGUUACACCAGCUCUGUCAGGAGGAAUGGGCCAAAAUUCACCCAACUUAUUGUGGGAAGCUUGUGGAAGGCUACCCAAAACGUUUGACCCAAGUUAAACAAUUUAAAGGCAAUGCUACCAAAUACUAAUUGAGUGUAUGUAAACUUCUGACCCACUGGGAAUGUGAUGAAAUAAAUAAAAGGUUAAAUAAAUCAUUAUUUUAUUCUGACAUUUCACAUUCUUAAAAUAAAGUGGUGAUCCUAACAGACCUAAGACAGGGACUUUUUACUAGGAUUUAAUCUCAGGAAUUGUGAAACUGAGUUUAAAUGUAUUUGGCUAAGGUGUAUGUAAACUUCCGACUUCAAAUGUACAUACACACGUAUUCAGACCCCUUGACUUUUUCAACAUUUUGUUACGUUACAGCCUUAUUCUAAAAUGGAUUAAAUAUAUUGUUUUCCUCAAUCUACACACAAUACCCCAUAAUGACAAAGCGUUUGCAACGGCAGGGUUGUGGGUUCGAUUCCCACGGGGUGCCAGUAUGAAAAUGUAUGCACUCACUAAAAAACUGUAAGUCGCUCUGGAUAAGAGUGUCUAUUAAAAUGUAAAUGUAAUAAAACAUUAAAACGGAAAUAUCACAUUUACAUAAGUAUUCAGACUCUUUACUCAGUACUUUGUUGAAGCACAUUUGGCAGCUAUUACAACUUCUAGUCUUCUUGGGUAUGACGCUACAAGCUUGGGACAACUGUAUUUGUGGAGUUUCUCCCAUUCUUCUCUGCAGAUCCUCUCAAGCUCUGUCAGGUUGGAUGGGGAGCGUCGCUGCAAAGCUAUUUUCAGGUCUCUCCAGAGAUGUUAGAUCGGGUUCAAGUCCGGGCUCUGGCUGGGCCACUCAAGGGCAUUCAGAGAGACUUGUCCCGAAGCCACUCCUGCGUUGUCUUGGCUGUCCCUUCGCCCCAGUCUGAGGUCCUGAGUGCUCUGGAGCAGGUUUUCAUGAAGGAUCUCUCUGUACUUUGCUUCGUUCAUAUUUUUACUGAGGAGUGACUUCCAUCUGGCCACUCUAACAUGAAGGCCUGAUUGGUGGGGUGCUACAGAGAUGGUUGUCCUUCUGGAAGGUUCUCCCAUCUCCACAGAGGUACUCUGGAGCUCUGUCAGAGUGACCAUCGGGUUCUUGGUCACCUCCCUGACCAAGGCCCUUCUUCCCCGAUCGAUUUCUCAGUUUGGCUGGGCGGCCAGCUCUAGUAAGAGUCUUGGUGGUUCCAAACUUCUUCCAAUUAAGAAUGAUGGAGGCCACUGUGUUCUUGGGGAUCUUCAAUGCUGCAGAACUUUUUUGGUACCCUUCCCCAGAGCUGUGCCUCGACACAAUCCUGUCUCGGAGCUUUACGUACAAUUAUUUCGACAUCAUGGCUUGGUUUUUGCUCUGACAUGCACUGUCAACUCAGGGUCUUUAUAUAGACAGGUGUGUGCCUUUCCAAAUCAUGUUCAAUCAAUUUAAUUUACCACAGGUGGACUCCAGUCAAGUUGUAGAAACAUCUCAAGGAUGAUCAUUGUAAACAGGGAUGCACCUGAGCUCAAUUUCGAGUAUCAUAGCAAAGGGUUUGAUAACUUAUGUAAAUAAGGUAUUUCUGUUUUCUAUUUGUAAUACAUUUGCAAAUAAAUCUAAAAACCUGUUUUUGCUUUGUCAUUAUGGGGUAUUGUGUGUAGAUUGAUGAGGGAAAAGAUGUUUAAUCCAUUUUAGAAUACGGCUGUAACUUAACAAAAUGUGGAAAAGGGGAAGGGGUCUGAAUACUUUUCUCAUGGUCUGAGAGUCCUUUAGGUGCCUUUUGUGCUACAACCACCAUAUGUACUAAUGGUGGUUGUAGCACUCUUUUAUAAACAACCGUAUGAUCAUUUUGGAGGUCUAGAACUAAAUUCUUCCAAGUGCUUAGUUAGACCCCAACUGUCUUGGUCAGCACUUUUUAGUGGUGGCAUCACAUGCGUCUCUAAUGUAAUACUUGUUUUGCUGUUCUGGUGCACUUCUGGUCUCCAACCCUAACUUGGGCUCUCCUCUGGUUCUACAGACGAAGGGGCUCUGGUGAGAGCAGCGGCAAACCUGGGCUUUGUGUUCUCCGGUAGAACCCCAGACAGUGUCAUCAUACAAGCGGUGAGUAGAUGCAGUAAAAUCCAUAGAAAUACGAUUCUUAUUCUAGUGAUUCUAUUUCUACAGUAUAAACAAAAUAAAUUGUGAUAAUGAAAAUGAAAACAAUGCUAUUGUGCCUUUCACUGCUGUUCUGUAGCUCUUAAAGCUCUCUACAUUGUAAGGUGGUAACCUACCCCAUCUACAGUACCACUUGUGUGCAAACGUUUUGAGGUAGGGCUGCCAAACAUUGCCCUGUACUGAAAGACUACUGUCACCGUGUGCAGAGCGUUGUAUUAAUAAAGCGCUCUGAUUGUUAUCCGAAUAUCUGAACAGACGUUAGGUUUCUUUUACCUGGGAGAAAAAAAAUAUAGGCCUAUUUUAACAAUGAAAAGGCUUUGUCUAAAAUGACUUUAAAAUGAUCUAUAUGGUAUUGCUACAGGACAGACCUUUACAUUUUAGCAAAACAACAGUUUUAUGACAGUUUUUAUGAGUGUGAUCCAUAAAAAUAAAAGAGCCUACACACGUUUCACACGUUUACCUUGUUACUGUCCAAUCACAGCGGCACUACAGUCAGAGGCUCCAUGUAAAGUGGGAGAUUUCUAAUCAAUGCAAAAUGGAAUUAAAAUUACAGAAUUAAGUUGGCAUAAUGAGAAUGAGUAGGCUACAAUGAUCAACCAACAGGUAGGAUGUUGUUUCAUAUAAAUGGAUUUGUUGUAGACCAGUGCAGGGAGUGCAGCAAAACGGCCUCAAUUAGCCUUGCUACUUAAGCUAGCUAGCUGGCUAACUUAGCUGGCUACUGUAGCUAGCUAGCUUCUUUACAACGAUUUGAUGCAGUCAAGACGGGCACUAGCAGAUGGUAUGAUAAAUUGGCCAGUCAAGUUCUUCCACGCCGAUCUCGACAAACCAUUUCUGUAUGGACCUCGCUUUGUGCGCAGGGGCAUUGUCAUGCUAAAACAGGAAAGGGCCUUCUCCAAACUAUUGCCACAAAGUUGACAUUCGUCUAGAAUUGUAUGCUGUAGUGUUAAGAUUUCCCUUCACUGGAGUUAAGGGGCCUAGCCCGAACCAUGACAAACAGCCCCAGACCAUUAUUCCACCUCCACCAAACUUUACAGUUGGCACUAUGCAUUGGGGAAUGUAGCAUUCUCCUGGCAUCCGCCAAACCCAGAUUCAUCCGUUGGACUGCCAGAUGGUGAAGCUUGAGUAAUCACUCCAGAGAACGCAUUUCUACUGCUCCAGAGUCCAAUGGCGGCGAGCUUUACACCACUCCAGCCGACGCUUGGCAUUGCGCAUGGUGAUCUUAGGCUUGUUUGAGGCUGCUCGGCCAUGGAACCCUAUUUCAUGAAGCUCCUGACGAACAGUUAUUGUGCUGAUGUUGCUUCCAGAGGCAGUUUGGAACUCGGUAGUGAGUGUUGCAACCGAGGACAGACAAUUUUUACGCGCUACGCACUUCAGCACUCGGCGGUCCCGUUCUAUGAGCUUGUGUGGCCUACCACAUCGUGGCUGAGCCAUUGUUACUCCUAGACGUUUGCAAUAAACACACUUACAGUUGCCCGGGGCAGCUCUAGCAGGGCAGAAAUGUGCAUAACUGACUUGUUAGAAAGGUGGCAUUCUAUGACGGUGCCACGUUGAAAGUCACGGAGCUCUUCAAUAAGCUCAUUCUACUGCCAAUGUUUGUCUAUGGAGAUUGCAUGGCGGUGUGCUCGAUUUUAUACACCUGUCAGCAAUGGGUGUGGCUGAACUAGCCAAAUCCACUAAUUUGAAGGGGUGUCCACAUACUUUUGUAUAUAUAGUAUAUCAUGAUAUUAUUCGAAUAGUGUAAUCAUUUCAAAUGCCCAUCCCUAGCAGAAAUAGCAUUGCAAUGUGUUUCAAUGGAGAAAUAGCUCCACAUCCCGUAUAUAACACAAUCAUUUGCCUUAUUUAUUUUCACCAUAUAGCUAGGAAUGAAAGUCUUUCUUUAGCCACCACAGGGACAGACACAGUGCUUUUUGUGUAACCACAGAACACCUCUAUUGUCCCUCAGAGCUCAGACGAGUCCUCUCUCUCACUUUAAAAUGUCAUCAAGGAGGAGAGGAACUUGUCGCUAUGACAAUCCCACAGCAGUUUGAGGCCUCCGUCUGAUUAAAUAUCUUGAGGCUUCAUCUCAAAAUGUGGCACUCUAUUCCCUUGAUAGUGCCCUGCUUUUGACCAUACCACUAUGGGCCCUGGUCAAAAACAGUGCGCUAUAUAGAGAAUAGAGUUUGGGACGCAUCCUCUGUAAGAGACGGGAGAUCCUUGAGGAUCGGACCAAUGUACUGUGGAGUAGACCUAUGUUCAAGUAGGAUUUGUUUUCUUUCAGGACGAUACAAAUACUUUUUCUUUUUGUCCAUUUACAUGGAGAUUAAUUUUGUGAGAUCAGCAUAAAAGUAACACGAAAUCAAUGCACUAUAAUCCACAUAAUGCAAUACAUAGAGCGCUCCUUUGAGCGUUUGGCUGAGCCUGCCUGGACUGCCAGAUGGGUAGAGUUUGUACUUCUGGGACCAUUCCAAAAAAAAAAGAAAGAUCCUACUAUUUGGACCGAGGUCUUUCAUGGAGCAUGUAGCUAGAGCACAGGCCCCGUGGUGGAAAAUAACCACUCUUCUAAAUUAGACUCAAUUAGAUUAAGGUUACGCAAUUGCGUGUGAACGCGUCCUCCUCUAACCUAAGGGCACUUUGUUUCCUGUAAUUGGCUAACCUGAUAAUUGCACUUAGGGAGGAGGUAGAGCGGCACGGAGGCCAAAGCCCUUUUCAAAAGUUUCUCCAAAGUACGACAUUUCCAAGACAUUUGUCUAGGUCCUUAACCUUUUAUUAGGCCUGCGAAAGCUCCUCAAUGUACAUGUAAUCAUCGGCAAUUGUACCAGGUGGUCUCGACAAUUAAGGAAACAAAUUAAGUUUGCUUACUCGCCGCAUCCGAGUGGAGCGGGUCUGACUGAGAACUGUUUAGUUCAAUUAAGAUUAGACGGGUCAAAAGGAGAACGUUGGGUUACUUUCAUAGUGAGGCAAAGGAAGGCUAGUUUAGAGUCAAUUACUUAAAGUGCAAUGACUGUCUCUGUCGUUUUGUUCUCAGCUGGGAGCCGAGGAGAAGUAUGAACUGCUCCAUGUUCUAGAGUUCACCAGGUACGGCUUCAUUUACUCCCAUCCACUCUUACAGUUCCCUCAGAAUCUGUUUGUUCUACUUCUAAAUGAACUGCAGAUGUCUUCAUUUAGAUCAGGGGUGUCAAACUCAUUCCAUGGAGGGCCUAGUGUCUACUGGCUUUUGGUUUUUCCUUUCAAUUAAGACCUAGACAACCACGUGAGGGGAGUUCCUUACUAAUCAGUGACCUUAAAUGAUCAAUCAAGUACAAAGGAGGAGUGAAAACCUGCAGACACUCAGCCCUCCGUGGACUGAGUUUUGACACGUGAUUUAGAUGUUUAAACAUGGUCAGGUACUGUGCCUCGGUCAAAGUGGCAUGCAGGUGGUGAGGUGCCACUAAAAUACAGGAGGCUGACAGUGGUAAUUAUGACACCAUGUUGGCAAUGCAACAGCCUUGCCACACAUUUUACAGUAGAUUCAUUUUUAUGCGACCACCCAGGCAUAUGUUCUCGAUGGACUUGUUUUAAUUUAGUGAAUUUAGCUUGAUACAAAGGUGUGAUAUAUUUUACUUUCACAAAUGUUCUCUCUGCUAGUUACAGUAGGUGAUAAUGUUUUGUCUCUGCUAGUUACAGUAGGUGAUAAUGUUUUGUCUCUGCUAGUUACAGUAGGUGAUAAUGUUCUGUCGCUGCUAGUUACAGUAGGUGAUAAUGUUCUGUCGCUGCUAGUUACAGUAGGUGAUAAUGUUUUGUCUCUGCUAGUUACAGUAGGUGAUAAUGUUUUGUCUCUGCUAGUUACAGUAGGUGAUAAUGUUCUGUCGCUGCUAGUUACAGUAGGUGAUAAUGUUCUGUCGCUGCUAGUUACAGUAGGUAAUAAUGUUCUGUCGCUGCUAGUUACAGUAGGUGAUAAUGUUCUGUCGCUGCUAGUUACGGUAGGUGAUAAUGUUUUGUCUCUGCUAGUUACAGUAGGUGUAAUGUUCUGUCGUAGCUUUAACAUUGUGAUGGUUUUCUGUCUCUCAGCACUAGGAAGAGGAUGUCAGUCAUCAUACGUACUCCAUCUGGCAAGAUCCGCCUCUACUGCAAAGGAGCUGUGAGUGUUUCUCUAGCUCUCUCUCUCUUUCUCUCGCCCUCCCUCGCUCUCUCACUCUUUUCCUUUGUCUUUCAUUCUCUCUCUAGCUCUCUCUGUCUUUUUCUCUCUCUCUCUCUUGCGCUCGCUCUUUUCCUCUUUCAUUCUCUCUCUAGCUCCCCCUCUCUCGCCAUCUCCAUGGCAACGCACGUGACAGACCAUCAUUACCACAGCACAGCGCUGGUGUCAAAUGCUUCUCUCUUAUUGCUUCUCUUCCGAAAUAAACAAUUAUUCCUGUAACAGACAAAAGAUCUGAUAUCAAGAUCACACAUUAUUUUAUUUUUGAUUUGCACAUGAAGAAGACAGAACAAUGUUGUAAUAGGAAUUAAAAGGCAACAUUGGAACAUGUGCAGGAGAGAUACUGAAAUGCCUCUCCUUUUCAAGUUUCUAUAGAAAUAGUACUGCAGUUGUAUAGUUGCUGUCUAACUAUUGGGUGUUCGGUAUAGACGUACAGUACAUAUAUUCAUGAACAUGUAUUCAUAGACAGUGAGCUCCAAAAGUAUUGGGACAUUGACACAUUUUGUUGAUUUGACUCUAUGAGAAAGUUACAGAUGCACAAAUAUCAUACCCCCCCAAAAAAUGCUAAACUCCCCUGUUAUUGUAAUGGUGAGAGGUUAGCAUGUCUUGGGGGUAUGAUAUUUGUGCGUCUGUAACUUUCUCACUCAUCAUUAUUAACGAUUCAUUCAGGAUUAUCCUUAAUCAUGGUAGCAUCCACAUUAAUGUAGAAGUGUUUAGAAAUAUAGUCUUAUUUACAAUAAAAGUGAUUCCAAAAUGACCCAAUACAUUAUUUAACAUUAAUUUCUAUUGGGCACAAAAUCAUAAACACAACCAAAACAAACAGCAAAUGCAUCCAACAAGUUUGUAGAGUCACAAGCUUGAUGUAGUCAUUGGGUGCUAGGAAUAUGGGACAAAAUACUAAACUUUUGACUACUUUAAUACGCAUAUAAGUGAAUUUGUCCCAAUACUUUUGGUCACCUAAAAUUGGGGGACUAUGUACAAAAAGUGAUGUAAUUUCUGACAGUCUGCAAUUUAACCUCAUAGUCAUUGUAUCAUUUAAAAUCCAAAGUGCUGGAGUACAGAGCCAAAACAACAACAAAAAAUUCAUUGUCCCAAAUAUUUUUGGAGCUCACUGUAUAUUUGUGUUGACACACCGGUGGUGUUUGGUAGCCAGUGAUUUUACAUGGUUGAUUGUUUUACAUGGUAGUUAUUUGCUGGCUGUCCAGACAGUAUAUGUGAUGACUGUGCUGUUUAAACAGGACACGGUGGUCUACGACCGUCUGGCCGACAGCUCCAGGUAUAAAGAAAUCACUCUGAAACACCUGGAGCAGUUUGCCACAGAGGGUGAGUGAGGGAACAGCUCCCCCUGUCUAGCUACCUAACACACACAGGACCUAUUCAAACACUUCAAAAACCUUUCUUCCUUCAUUGCUUUACCUCUAUGAAUAUACGACCCCCUUGUGAGAGGUUGGCAGAAUUACAUCAACAUAUCCCCUGUGCUAAAAUUAGCAUAUUUCUCGUUUCUGCAGUUUAUAAUCCACAGGUUUUUUAAAUGGUGUAAUAUAAAGAAAAUGCAGAGUAAUGUCACUCGCCGUAAGUUAACACCCGUUGUGUCAUUAGUAGGUUAUGUAGGCCUUCUGGGUUUACUCAGGUGAGUUAAGUGAUGAUGUAUGUCCGUUGUGUCUCAGGGCUGCGCACUCUGUGCUUUGCUGUGGCUGAGAUCAGCGAGUCAUCCUAUCAGCAGUGGUUGGAGGUGUUCCACCGUGCCGCCACCGCCCUGCAGAACCGAGCCCUCAAACUGGAGGAGAGCUAUGAGCUCAUCGAGAUGGUCAGUCACUCUCACACACACACACACGUAUGUGAACACUCGUGCAUGCACAGACACACACACGCUUGCACACGCAAACACACCACAUCACUCCCCAUCAAACCCCUAUCCAUCACUUCCCCUGUCCCCUCAAUAGUCCUGUACACCACCAGGAAACAGCGAGCACAUAUUUAUUCUCAGUUUGAAGUUACUACCCCUACCCCUACCCCUACCCCUACCUCUACCUCUAUCUCUACCCCUACCCCUACCACUACCCCUACCACUAUCUCUACCACUACCCCUACCACUACCACUAUCCAACCACUACCCCCUAACCACUACCCACUAUCUCAACACUACCUCUACCACUACCACUACCCCUACCACUACCCCUACCACUAUCUCUACCACUACCCCUACCUCUACCACUAUCUCUACCCCUACCACUACCACAACCACUACCACUAUCUCAACACUACCUCUACCCCUACCCUACCACUAUCUCUACCCCUACCUCUACCCAUACCUCUACCACUACCCCUACCUCUACCACUAUCUCAACCUACCUCUACCACUACCCCUACCUCUACCACUAUCUCUACCUCUACCACUAUCUCUACCUCUACCUCUACCACUAUCCACCCUACCUCUACCACUACCCUCUACCUCUACCACUAUCUCUACCCCUACCUCUACCACUACCCCCUACCACUACCACUAUCCUACCCUACCUCUACCACUAUCUCUAAACCCUACCUCUACCACUAUCUCUACCCCUACCUCUACCACUAUCUCUACCUCUACCACUAUCUCUACCCCUACCUCUACCACUAUCUCUACCUACCCCUACCUCUACCACUACCCUACCUCUACCACUAUCUCUACCCCUACCUCUACCACUAUCUCUACCUCUACCACUAUCUCUACCUCUACCACUAUCUCUACCCCUACCUCUACCACUAUCUCUACCUACUACCACUACCUACCUCUACCACUAUCUCUACCCUACCACUAUCUCUACCUCUAACCACUACCUCUACCCAUCUCUACCCUACCACUAUCUCUAACCUCUACCUACCACUAUCUCUACCACUACCCUCUAUCUCUACCUCUACCCAUCUCUACCCUACCUACUACCACUAUCUAACCCUACCUCUACCACUGUCUCUACCACUACCACUACCCCUACCUCUACCACUAUCUCAACACUACCCCUACCACUACCUCUACCACUAUCUCUACCUCUACCACUCCACACCUUACCUCUCCCUCUACCAUUACCUCUACCCCUAGCUCUACACCACUACCUACUAUCUCUACCACUACCCAUCCCAAACCCCUACCCUAUCCUCUACCACUACCCCUACCUCUACCACUACUCACCCUACCUCUAACCCUACCUCUACCACCCUACCCUCUACCACUUCUCUACCUCCCACCACUAUCUCUACCUCUAACCCUAUCUCUACCUCUACCUCUACCACUACCCUUUUCUACCAUCUAGUCCUUUACCCGCUCUCUACCAACUUACCUACUUACACGUAUCUCUAUCUACCUCUACCCUACCCUACCACUAUCUCUACCCCUACCCCUACCACUACCCAUACCCCUACCUCUACCUCUCUACCCUACCACUCCCUACCUCUACACUACCCCUACCUCUACCACCUAUCCUCUACCCCUACCACUACACCCCUACCUCUACCCCUGCCUCAUCUACCUACUUACCACUACCAUACCUCUACCCUGCCUCUACCACCCCUACCCCUGCCUCUACCACUACCUCUACCCCUACCUCUACCUCUACCUCUACCUCUACCUCUACCCCUACCUCUACCUCUACCCCUGCCUCUACCACUACCUCUACCCCACCUUCCCCAACCCACACCCAGAACCAUAUGUGAACUCAUAUCAGCCAAGAGAUUCCAGCACUGAGCAAUCAGCUCUGCAAACAAGAUAAUGACUUAGUUGUUGACUUACCUGCCUACUAGGUUCACCCUAAGGACACCAACGUCACACAAGGCAUCCAUUUUAAACCUCUUUCCAGGGGUUCACUGAACCUACAUCGGUAGAACUGAAUUCAGACCUUCAACUUGAUUAAUGUCGGGCCAGUGCUGAAAGCAUACAUGUGUUGCAUUAAAAAUGGCACCCUAUUCCCUAUAUAGUGCACUACGUUUGACCAGAAAGUAGUACUCUAAAUAGCGAAUAUGGUGCUAUAUGGGGCACGGAAAUAUAAUCCGAAUGGGUUUGGAUGGUUGGAUGCAGUGUAUACUAUGGGGCUUAAUGAAUGUAUGGGGCAGGUUGGGUCGGCCCAGUACUGCAAAGCAACAGUCAGUUCCUCUGUGAGAAACGUGGUGUUGAAGUGCUAGUCAAUCAUAGGCUUGUUGAUCAAGGGCUCCACUGCUGCCAGACCUUCAGCGAAUCCCAGAACAAAUGGACUCGAUCACAGUGUAAAGGUUCUGAGUGAGGAGGGUGCAGGGAUGGGAUAAGACCACUAGAUGGCAGUCUGAAUGAGGCCAGAUUUACAUUAUCUCUGAGAGAAGGGUCAUGUCCCAAUCUGUCCUUUCUCCUGAAGUGUGCACUUCCUCACUUCCUAAAAGCAUGGGAUUAGUGGAGGCAUGGGCUAUUGGCAGUUUCCACCACAUUUCUUAUACCAGUCAUCCCUUUCAAAUCAGUGAAGGGAAGUGAACAAGUGCAUACUUCAUGAGGAACGAGAUGUCAUUGGGACGUAGCAGUGGUGUUGGGGUUUAGGACCUGUGAGAUCACCAUGUCCUUUCAGAGCAAAUCAAAAGGAAAGCACACCAUCACAUCUUUUUGCAGAACUCUCUUGACAAGCUACGCUGGAACAGCGACUACUUGGGCUUCAAUGAAAUACAUGCUGAAAUAAAUACUGCACAAACACACCUUAUGCCUGUUAGUUUAUUUAGUCCAUGUUCUGGUGUAUGUUCAGCCGUCCUCUUGCAGUUAGCCUGUGUAAACGAUGAACAAUGUCCAUGAUUUACUUAACGUGUUGUCAUUUAAUGCACAAAUCAGGAUUUCAUGUUGGUUCUUCCCAGCAAACACUGUAACAUUGUGUCAAUGUCAAGACAAUGUAACUGGGAAGUCACAACAUUAAUUAACACACGCACCUCUCCCCCCUCUGCGUGGUUUCAUAUGGGCAGUGGGUUAAAGAUAUACUGCAGCCCGGCCUAGGUCACAGCUCUUUGGGGAGGGUUGACCGUUGCACCCCCGGCCCAACUCUGGCGUCCCCUUUGCAGCUGCCUCUCCUCUCUCCUCUCCGGGGCCCUGUCAAAGCAUCUGGCCCCUCCAGGUCCCCCCAGGCCCCGUCCCAAAGACCCGCCUGGCUUCCUGUUAAAAAAACACAUGAACCCUGUGUGCAUGUCCCUCGCCUGUGACGGCCCUCUCUCCUUCUCUCACAACCACUGUGCUACGACUACAAUUGGCCCCUAAAUCUCAUUCUCCCCUCUAUCCCCCCUAUCCACCCUAACCCCAAAUCCCCCAAUCCAUGGCCCAGUUUUGGAGGGUGGGAAAACAAGAGCAGCUUCCUGGAGAGAAAAACAGGGAGCGAAUGAGUGACACAGUCCAGCCCCUAAUUUUUCACUGACACUUGACGUUGUAAAAGCCCCUUGUCUUGUGUUACAUUAUCUCCUCCUUGUUCCCUCAUGUUUCUCUCCCUCUCUAGAACCUGCAGCUCUUAGGGGCCACAGCCAUCGAGGACAAGCUCCAGGACAAGGUGCCUGAGACCAUUGAGACACUGAUGAAGGCCGACAUUAAGAUCUGGAUCCUGACCGGGGACAAGCAGGAGACGGCCAUCAACAUUGGUAAGACUCCACAAACAGUAAAGUGAACCAGAAACAUCAAAAAGCAAAACAUCAAAAUGACAUCCUUCCCUAACGUUUUGUAAUAAAAUGUCUACUGAGCAAAGCUCAGUCAGCACUGUGGCCAUGGAGCAAAUUUCAGUCAGCGCUGUGGCCGUGGAGCAAAUCUCAGUCAGCGCUGUGGCCAUGGGUCAAAUCUCAGUCAGCACUGUGGCCAUGGAGCAAAUCUCAGUCAGCACUGUGGCCAUGGGGCAAAGCUCAGUCAGCGCUGUGGCCAUGGAGCAAAUCUCAGUCAGCGCUGUGGCCAUGGAGCAAAGCUCAGUCAGCGCUGUGGCCAUGGAGCAAAGCUCAGUCAGCACUGUGGCCAUGGAGCAAAUCUCAGUCAGCACUGUGGCCAUGGAGCAAAUCUCAGUCAGCACUGUGGCCAUGGAGCAAAUCUCAGUCAGCACUGUGGCCAUGGAGCAAAUCUCAGUCAGCACUGUGGCCAUGGAGCAAAUCUCAGUCAGCACUGUGGCCAUGGAGCAAAUCUCAGUCAGCACUGUGGCCAUGGGGCAAAACGGUCUAUUGACAAGCAGAUUUUCUCUAUAAAAGUUGGUACAUACCUGGUGUCCACAGGGGUUCCACCAUUACCAUUGCUGUCAAUGCGCCAGAGAGCUGACGUUGGGCAUGUAAAGCGCGUUGCCACCAAGCCCUCAGAUGUGGCCGUAAUAGCAAAAUUGAUAAAAACGCGCAGACCUCGAAACAGCAAACUCGAUUUACAGGAGCGUCCGGGAAAAUAGAUAUUAAAAGGUGUCCAUUUGUGGCCACCUACCUACCGUGGGGCUGAAUCAGCCCUUUGUGCCCCACUGGCCAGCUGUGUGGGGGCCUGCGUGCGCUACAAGCUCACAGGAAGCAUUUUUACAGGUCCGCCGCUUGACUGAGUCGCUCUGUAAAACGCCUCUGAAUAUUUACUUUGUUUUUUACCGCUUUCCUCCCUCCUCAUCCUCCUCCUGAAAAUAAAAUAAAAACUGCUGCCUAGGUUUGUGGAACACCUUUCGUGGCGAACAAGACUGUCCCGUUCUCCGUGUUCUCUUUUUCCAGCAUCUCCCGGCCUGUGGCGGCCCACGCUGUGAAAAGGACCUCACGCCAACCUUAAUAAGAGCUUGUAAAACCGGACUCUGUUUACCCGUUUAAAAUUCAUCGGGUGCUGAGAACAUGGUUGAGCCUGUUUGGCGUUGACCUCUGCUGCUCUAGAGGCUGAGAGCGCAGAGAGAACUGUCACAGCUGUAAUCCAGUCCACUGGAAAAGACACAUGGUGACACAACCAUUCUGAAACCUUAUGCACGUCUCUGCCCUGGCAGAAUCAGCAAUGAUAUCACAUUGAGUGACCUGACUCUAAAGCUGCCCUUGAUGCUUUAGGCAGGACCACUUGGACUACGACUCCAUGAAAGCACACUGCCCGCUGGUGUAGUGUGUUCAGAGUGUAUUCAGUCUCCCAGCACAUCACUGGAGCGAGGACGGCCAGGCAAACAGCACCAUGUUAGUCUUGGCUGAGGGGGGCUUCGUCCCCUCUUGGAAGGCAGACAUGAAAGGGCAAACGCCCUCCGAAAUGCCAACGCAAACACUGGCCUACCCUAACAACCCGCUCUCCCCUCACCAUGCCCAGUGAUUUAGUGGAGUGCCACCCCCACCCUCCCUCCUAAUGCCCACUGCCCCGGCAGCCAUUUUGAGAAGCCACUAUGACCACAUUGUGCAGCUUUAAUUACUUACCCCCCCAAACAACUAACAAACCUCUGGGGAUGACCGUGUGACACGGUGUCACGCCGUUCACAUUCCCCAACUCCUUGGAGAGCACUGUUGUUUAGUUCCGCCAGGCUCCAAAAAACAAGGAAUUUACUUUCUCUGGUGAAUAAAAAGGCCAGUUUGGUCAGAGUCAACUGAUCCUUUAAGAUAAACAAAUUAAGCUAGGGGUUGUUGCAGGGUUGACAGGGGGGUAUAGAGGUGGGGAGACAUUUUACACAUGUUGGCAGAUUUUUGGCAAGUUUGCACCAGGUCCAGACCCCCACCCUGUUUGGUGUUGAUUUGAGUCUCUGGAGGUGAAACCUGCACACUCCUCAUACAGACCCCCUGUGUGUGGUGUGUGUGUGUGUGUGGUUCUCUCUCUCUUAGACAUUCACACCCAAACACUCACUUAUACAUCGUCACUUAUACAUGCAGAUGGAGGUUUUAUGGUAAACACUCAAAAUGAAACCGGAGUCAAUUCCAAGCUCGACCAAGCCCACAAUGUUUGUAUGGUCACUUCGCAGAUGGUCCACUCUGAUAUUGCUCAGGAAUUAGCCUGAGGAUUUAGGUAGGCCCAUUUUUGGGGGGGGCUGGGCAUAACUGGAUCCCCCUGAGAGCCACUAUCUCUCACCUCUCUGGUGACCCUGACCAGAGACAAAAUGGCCGCUCCCUGGGGAACCAUGUUGAACAAACAAUGGUGUAACUGCCCCCUUAAACCAGGAAACAGACAUGUAACCCAGAGCAUUACUCAGAGUUUUUCGACUGAUGGACUGCAGACUGUCGCUGUGCACCUAAUGAAGCUCCAAUAAUUUGUAUUUUUCACCCCAUCGUGACUUCAGCUAAUAACAAAGGGAAAGCAAACAGAGAGCUCAAUUUCAGGAGGGAGUACAUAUAACCUAUUAUUUGUCCUUCAUUCAGUAUUUAGUUUAUUUUGGAAAGAUAAUCAUGAUGUAUAAUUAUGUAAUGGCCACUUUAUUUGGAUAGUCCAGCUAGUCCUUCUAUAGAUCUACAAAUGGUCAUACUAUCAACAAACUCUCAGUUGAUAAGCAACUGCUUGCUAAGGUUAGGGUUAGGGUUAGAAUAAGAGUUAGGGUUAGGGUUAGAAUAAGGGUUAGGGCUAGGGUUAGGGUUAGAAUAAGGGCUAGGGUUAGGGUUAGAAUAAGGGUUAGGGGUUAGAAUAAGGGUUAGGGUUAGGGUUAGAAUAAGGGUUAGGGCUAGGGUUAGAGUUAGAAUAAGGGUUAGGGUUAGAAUUAGAAUAAGGGUUAGGGUUAGAAUAAGGGUUAGGGCUAGGGUUAGGGUUAGAAUAAGGGUUAGGGCUAGGGUUAGAAUAAGGGUUAGGGUUAGAAUAAGGAUUAGGGUUAGAAUAAGGGUUAGGGUUAGUGUGAGGGUAAAGGUUAGAGCUAGGGUUAGGGUUAGAAUAAGGGUUAGGGGCUAGGGUUAGGGUUAGAAUAAGGGUUAGGGCUAGGGUUAGAAUAAGGGUUAGAGUUAGGGUAGUAGAUAGUUUAAAUGUUACUUAUAGUAUGUAUAUUAAAACUAAAUGCAUGCUCUUCAAUCGAACGCUGCAGGCACCCGCCCACCCGACUAGAAUCACUACUCUCGACGGGUCUGACCUAGAGUAUGUGGACAACUACAAAUACCUAGGUGUCUGGUUAGACUGUAAACUCUCCUUCCAGACUCACAUUAAGCAUCUCCAAUCCAAAGUUAAAUCUAGAAUCAGCUUCCUAUUUCGCAACAAAGCCUCCUUCACUCAUGCUGCCAAACAGGCCCUCGUAAAACUGACUAUCCUACCGAUCCUUGACUUCGGCGAUGUCAUUUACAAAAUAGCCUCCAACACUCUACUCAGCAAAUUGGAUGUAGUCUAUCACAGUGCCAUCCGUUUUGUCACCAGAGCCCCAUAAACACUGCUCAAAAAAAUAAAGGGAACACUUAAACAACACAAUGUAACUCCAAGUCAAUCACACUUCUGUGAAAUCAAACUGUCCACUUAGGAAGCAACACUGAUUGACAAUACAUUUCACAUGCUGUUGUGCAAAUGGAAUAGACAACAGGUGGAAAUUAUAGGCAAUUAGCAAGACACCCCCAAUAAAGGAGUGGUUCUGCAGGUGGUGGACCACAGACCACUUCUCAGUUCCUAUGCUUCCUGGCUGAUGUUUUGGUCACUUUUGAAUGCUGGCGGUGCUUUCACUCUAGUGGUAGCGUGAGACGGAGUCUACAACCCACACAAGUGGCUCAGGUAGUGCAGCUCAUCCAGGAUGAUGGCACAUCAAUGCGAGCUGUGGCAAGAAGGUUUGCUGUGUCUGUCAGCGUAGUGUCCAGAGCAUGGAGGCGCUACCAGGAGACAGGCCAGUACAUCAGGAGACGUGGAGGAGGCCGUAGGAGGGCAACAACCCAGCAGCAGGACCACUACCUCCGCCUUUGUGCAAGGAGGAGCAGGAGGAGCACUGCCAGAGCCCUGCAAAAUGACCUCCAGCAGGCCACAAAUGUGCAUGUGUCUGCUCAAACGGUCAGAAACAGACUCCAUGAGGGUGGUAUGAGGGCCCGACGUCCACAGGUGGGGGUUGUGCUUACGGCCCAACACCGUGCAGGACGUUUGGCAUAUGCCAGAGAACACCAAGAUUGGCAAAUUGGCCAUUGGCGCCCUGUGCUCUUCACAGAUGAAAGCAGGUUCACACUGAGCACAUGUGACAGACGUGACAGAGUCUGUAGACGCUGUGGAGAACGUUCUGCUGCCUGCAACAUCCUCCAGCAUGACCGGUUUGGCGGUGGGUCAGUCAUGGUGUGGGGUGGCAUUUCUUUGGGGGGCCGCACAGCCCUCCAUGUGCUCGCCAGAGGUAGCCUGACUGCCAUUAGGUACCGAGAUGAGAUCCUCAGACCCCUUGUGAGACCAUAUGCUGGUGCGGUCGGCCCUGGGUUCCUCCUAAUGCAAGACAAUGCUAGACCUUGUGGCUGGAGUGUGUCAGCAGUUCCUGCAAGAGGAAGGCAUUGAUGCUAUGGACUGGCCCGCCCGUUCCCCAGACCUGAAUCCAAUUGAGCACAUCUGGGACAUCAUGGCUCGCUCCAUCCACCAACGCCACGUUGCACCACAGACUGUCCAGGAGUUGGCGGAUGCUUUAGUCCAGGUCUGGGAGGAGAUCCCUCAGGAGACCACCACAUCAUCAGGAGCAUGCCCAGGCGUUGUAGGGAGGUCAUACAGGCACGUGGAGGCCACACACACUACUGAGCCUCAUUUUGACUUGUUUUAAGGACAUUACAUCAAAGUUGGAUCAGCCUGUAGUGUGGUUUUCCACUUACAUUUUGAGUGUGACUCCAAAUCCAGACCUCCAUGGGUUGAUACAUUUGAUUUCCAUUGAUCAUUUUUGUGUGAUUUUGUUGUCAGCACAUUCAACUAUGUAAAGAAAAAAGUAAUUAAUAAGAUUAUUUCAUUCAUUCAGAUCUAGGAUGUGUUAUUUUAGUGUUCCCUUUAUUUUUUUGAGCAGUGUACUACCCACCACUGUGACCUGUACACUCUUGUUGGCUGGUCCUCACUACAUAUUCGUCACCAAACCCACUGGCUCCAGGCCAUCUAUAAAUCACUGCUAGGCAAAUCUCCGCCUUAUCUUAGCUCAUUGGUCACCAUAGCAACACCCACCCGUAGUAUGCGCUCCAGCAGGUAUAUGUCACUGGUCAUCCCCAAAGCCAACACCUCCUUUGGCAGCCAUUCCUUCCAGUUUUCUGCUGCCAAUGACUGGAACGAACUGCAAAAAUCUCUGAAGUUGGAGACUCUUAUCUCCCUCACUAACUUUAAGCAUCAGUUGUCAGAGCACCUUACCGAUCACUGCACCUGUACACAGCCCUUCUGAAAUUAGCCCACUCAACUCAAUAACAUCCCCAUAUUGUUAUUUAUUUUGCUCAUUUGCACCCCCAGGAUCUCUAUUUGCACUAUCAUUCCAGUGUUAAUAGUAAUUGUAAUUAUUCUGCACUAUGGCCUAUUAAUUGCCUUGCCUCCAUAACUUGCUACAUUUGCACACACUGUAUAUAUAUUUUCUGUGGUAUUUUUGACUUUGUUUUGUUUUACCCCAUAUGUAACUCUGUGUUGUUUUUAUCGCACUGCUUUGCUUUAUCUUGGCCAGGUCGCAGUUGUAAAUGAGAACUUGUUCUCAACUGGCUUACCUGGUUAAAUAAAGGUGAAAUAAACAUUUAAAAAAUAAAAUAAAAAUAAAAAAUAAUUUAAAAAAAAAAUAUAUAUAUAUAUAGUCCAUCUGUAGAUGCUCUACAGACUAUCCAAAUGAAGUGUUACCAAUAUAAUAUAUGACAGUGUGAAAAAAAAUUUAUACUGUACUUCAGUAUGUUUUUGAUGUUUGCACAAACGGACAUUGCAGCUCAUCUCUUGUUUCACUUGACCCUCUCCAGGACACUCCUGCAAACUUCUGACCAAGAACAUGGGCAUGCUGGUGAUCAACGAAGACACACUUGACGUGAGUAUGGCAGACUGAUGAGAUGUUAUUAAUAAUAAUCUACAAAAUCACUUUAAUUGAACAGGGAAUGCGCUAUACUUUAGCAACCUGUAGACUUACGGUGUGGACUGUAUAUAGUCCCAUAAUAUCCUUAAAGGGACAGUCUGGGAUUGAUACAUCCAUGUUUGGAAUUUUUAAUUAAUGGUAUAGCGCAGUCUAUGAAUUUAAGAGUGGUUACAUUUCUCCAGUGGUGACUGCUUUGUUGUUUUUUGAAUGCCAGAUUGCACCUUUAAAAAGCUAUUUUGUUGAACUGUUGCAUUGGACUUUCAAAUGUUUUUAGUUAUUAUGUUAGUAGUGCUGUCACUCAGCAUAAUCCAAAUCGCAACGCUCCCUCUCAAAUGAUAAUCCUAAUCCAUCCCUGUGUGAAACAAAAACACCAAUCUGUUCUGGUUUGUACCCUGGAGCCCACUAAGAAUGUCCAAACACGCUCUUUGUGCCAAAGGUAAGUCACCACCACAAAUGCCUGACAGUGUAAUCUCGCUUAAGACCGAGCUCUGUGUGUGUCCCGGUGUCCCCAAUCAGCUAGUGCUGUUGAUUACUGUUAGCUCAUUAGUUGAUUGCUAAAUCGUUGCCGCCACUCCAAAAAAUGCUGAAAAUAAGUUUUGUGUAAACUUCAAUGACUAAAACCAGAUAGAAAGUAUGUAGAAAAGAUAAUGGAGCUAUAUAUUUUUUUAUAAGAUCAUCUUUGAGAACAAACAAUCACUCCCCAAAAAACUAGACAGUAAUGGGGGCCAACAUUGAUUUUGUUAUAAUGUUCGAGUCACUCAGAUCGCAUAAGAACACGGCAUAAGUCAUGGCAAAAUGUGUAGAAUUGCAGAACAUUUGCUUUAAAACAGCACAAUUUUGUCUCUGCGGCCAAGAGACAGCGCCCUUGGUGUGGCGGCCAAGGGGAGGGCCUUUAAAAUCGGAGACAGCGCCCUUGGCCGCCACGCCCACUACCACGCCUAGGGGAAACACUGAUUUUUCUUUGUUCCUUAGUCUUUCCUUCUCUUUCUCUUCUCUCUGUCAGUGGCUUCUCGGACUCUCCUGUAACAACCCGCCCUGUUGUGUUAGUUGCCUCUAGUGACCACAGUGCAUAUGCUUCAAGCCCAUAGGCUGCGUUUACACAGCCAGUCCAAUUCUGAUCUUAUUUCCACUAAUUGGUUUUUUGACAAUCACAUCAGAUCUUUCCAUGUCAGAUAUUUUUCAGAGCUGAUCUGAUUGGUCCAAAGAUGCCUCCAUCCAGAGGGUUGUAGUAAAGUAAAGUAUAAACUGAGGGUUGUAGUAAAGUAAACCCCAGCUAGUCACAGGGCCGGGGGUUCUGAGGGGGUCGGGGUUGGGGCUGGGAGCUCUGAUGGGGGGGUUGGGGACUGGGGAGCUCUGAUGGGGUUGGGACUGGGGACUCUGAUGGGGCUGGGAAGAAGACUGGGUUGGGUCUGGGGGCUCUGACAGGGCCUAGUGGGCUGGUUGGAGAGGGGGAUGUCGGUCAGCACAUAGCCAGAGCCCAGCAUGCCGCCUUCUGCAAGAUGGAGAAAAGAACAGAAGACGGCCCGGGGGGGACCCCUCCACCCCACCCUAAACCCCUUUAAAAGUAGAGCAGUAGAGAGGGAAGAGGUCAGCAGGGAGAGCCUUGUCUGUUGUUGGAGGGAUGUAAAGGAGGACAAGGGACCACUGCUGCUGUCCUCCAGGGGAGGAAGGAGGGAACAGAGUGGAGGAGGAGGAAGCGCUCACUGUGUGUGCCCAGUGUGUCGGAGCUGGAGUGAGGGAUGCACAGAGGGGAUGGAGGAGGGGAUACAGCGAUGACGGACGACCUUCACUCUGUCAACCCGACUGGUUAGUGUGAUAAAUGGAGGUAGAGAGGAGAAGUUUCAGACACCGCCGUUCAUAAAGCAUAAAACGCGGAUGAGCCCAUUUUGAAAUGUCAGCUCCCAUUCUCCUGUGGCUCAGCAGAUGCCUAUAAGUUUGCUUGUAAAAUAUGGAGGAAUUCUCUCCCCCCCUUCAUUCGGGCUCAAUGAACAGAGGUCCUGUCGGCGGUGCUGCUGGGAAUUGGAGUUCAUGUGGUGCCCGAGAGUAAUUGGAGCGCUUCUUUCCCCCCCUUUUCCGUGUUUAGAAACAGUUCUCAAAGAGAGGGUGAAGUUUUAGAUGGCUUGAAAGCGACCUGAGAUCUCUUCUGUGCUAAAUCUUCCAUCCCCCCCCGAGACCCGAAGUGAAAAUUGUUAUCCAAGAAGUAGCUAGUAAGGAAGGGGUCAUUAGCUGAAGCUUCAACUUUGGCUCAUUGACUGAUUUAGUCAAAGAGAGGGAAUGGAGAGCAAGGUACACACGUUCACUGCUAUACAAUCAGUCUUUCUCACACUUCUAAAAAUCAGGGCGUUAUUCUGACUUAAGAUCCACUUGCUUGACUGACCUUUUUGCGCAAAUCUCCCAUUGCCGUCAAUAAUGAUUUACGUGAAAAUGUGAUUUGCGCAAGCUUAUCUAAACCCCUAUACUGGGCCAUAAAUGUAAAAUGGUCAAAUAGUCCCCUGUAGCUCAGUUGGUAGAGCAUGGCGCUUGCAACGCCAGGGUUGUGGGUUCGUUUCCCACGGGGGGGCCAGUAUGAAAAAUGUAUGCACUCACUAACUGUAAGUCGCUCUGGAUAAGAGCGUCUGCUAAAUGACUAAAAUGUAAAAAAUGUAAAUGAAUCAAAGCUUGAGUCAAGCCUAUCUGAAGGUUUCUGUGUGGAGUGGGUGGUAGUGCAGAGACGGGUCAGGGGUCAAACCAGAAGGACAGAGGAGAAUUUGUGUGUGCCACGGCUCAUUGUUUCUCAGACAUCACUGGCCUCUCUGCCUGAUGCCUGACUGGUGGAGCUGCCAUGGCUGAACACUGGGCCUGAAGAACACACUGCCUGGUGGAGCUGCCAUGACUGAACACUGGGCCUGAAGAACACACUGCCUGGUGGAGCUGCCAUGGCUGAACACUGGGCCUGAAGAACACACUGACUGGUGGAGCUGCCAUGGCUGAACACUGGGCCUGAAGAACACACUGCCUGGUGGAGCUGCCAUGGCUGAACACUGGGCCUGAAGAACACACUAACUGGUGGAGCUGCCAUGGCUGAACACUGGGCCUGAAGAACACACUGCCUGGUGGAGCUGCCAUGGCUGAACACUGGGCCUGAAGAACACACUGCCUGGUGGAGCUGCCAUGGCUGAACACUGGGCCUGAAGAACACACUGACUGGUGGAGCUGCCAUGGCUGAACACUGGGCCUGAAGAAAACACUGCCUGGUGGAGCUGCCAUGGCUGAACACUGGGCCUGAAGAACACACUAACUGGUGGAGCUGCCAUGGCUGAACACUGGGCCUGAAGAACACACUGACUGGUGGAGCUGCCAUGGCUGAACACUGGGCCUGAAGAACACACUAACUGGUGGAGCUGCCAUGGCUGAACACUGGGCCUGAAGAACACACUGACUGGUGGAGCUGCCAUGGCUGAACACUGGGCCUGAAGAACACACUGACUGGUGGAGCUGCCAUGGCUGAACACUGGGCCUGAAGAACACACUAACUGGUGGAGCUGCCAUGGCUGAACACUGGGCCUGAAGAACACACUAACUGGUGGAGCUGCCAUGGCUGAACACUGGGCCUGAAGAACACACUAACUGGUGUAGCUGCCAUGGCUGAACACUGGGCCUGAAGAACACACUGCCUGGUGGAGCUGCCAUGGCUGAACACUGGGCCUGAAGAACACACUGACUGGUGUAGCUGCCAUGGACUGAACACUGGGCCUGAAGAACACACUAACUGGGAAGUGUGCCUGCGUGGAUUGUCGAUGUUGGUGUGUGCACGGAUGUGCAUAUGUCUGUGUGCUUUAUGUAUCUGUGUAUGUCGGAUAUGCCCCUCUGGGUCGGAUAUGCCCCUCUUUGGGUCGGAUAUGCCCCUCUUUGGGUCAGUCCAAGGUUGUAUAGAACUGUACGAGACUAAUGGAUACAUGCCCUCCAACUCGGAAUCCCUGUCAAGUGUGUCAUGUUUGUUACAUCACUCAAGAGUUGCAUCAACAAUGAGCUCAAAGUCUUGAUUAGCCACUCCUAAACCAAACACAACCCAGUCACAUAGGCUAAACUGGUCAGUAUAGCCAUAACAAAGAGGCUUUAGGAGGAGACAAGUAGCAUUAGCACUAAAAUACCUCAGAGGAAAUGGGGGGGAAUGGGUACCCUACUUGAGCAAAUGGCUGCACUGUUUGUGGGUUGGUUAUCAUGAAUUUGUGAUAAAUCACUUGUAUCCAAACACAUACAUUCCCAGACAUAUACUUUACAAAGUCAGUACUGUACACAGGCUUCCAUACAUUAGUGUUCCCUAUUAGGAAUCUCUCUUUUUUGUUCCAGGAUGAAUACCGAUAUCAAAUGUGAUAGUAUGCUCACUGUAGUAUGUAGCUGUUCCCCCAGCGCACACUCACACUGCGCUUGAAAGCCUGUGUGCUGUUUUAUGGCCCCGAUAGGGGAUGGGCACGCUCAUGUGGAGAAGUCCUGACAGCUGCACUCCUCCCUGUCUCCUCUCUCUUGUUCAAUUUCUCUACCUCUUUAGCCCCCCCAUCUCUCUUUCUCUUCAUCUCUCUCUCGGUCGGUCAGUCGGCUUUGAAACCUGAGGCCCUUCUCUCCAAAUAUUGUCCUUCAAGCUUGGGUUUCAGAGCUUUGUUAUGCCAGGAGAGGGUUGCAUGGCCCCGUCAGUGCCCUUAGGUAUCUAACCCUCCUCAACGGACCCCUCCCAAGCCUCAUUCAUGACCACUAGGUCACUCCCGCAUUUCAUAAUGCUCGUGCCCGGCCGAGCCAUCUGUUCAAUGCGUUAGGUGUGACCACCUUCGGGUGGAACAGCCCACCUAGGUCUCGUAACCCAGUUUAUACCCUCGCUCUCGCACACGCCCAGACGCGGAUACCUGGGAGUCUCACACACUGACCUCACUCUUCAGACCACACCAGUCUGCCGGAGUCUACCACUCCUAUGGGCAAACAGGGCGACUUUCCGCCCUUCUUUGAGUUCCCCUUACAAUCCUUUCAGUCACUUCUUAGUUAUGGGCUGUUAGUCAUACAGGACAAUAUACAGGACAAUGUUGAUCCCCAAUAAUGGAAGUGGGGCCAGAGUAAAAAAGUUAGGGAACCACUGCUCUAGAAGAUGCAAUGUAUCCUACUGCCCAAAUAAAUAUUACCAGAGCUGCGAUCACGUUUCAUCCAUGUUAUUUUAAGCAGUCUGAUAUCUUAUUUCCGUUAACCAAGCCCAUGGCCCCAAAACCACAUGCUCGCAAUCCUCACAACCCUCUUUUAUAAGCACAUCCAUAUCUGUUCCGGUCACUCUUGGAAAUGGAUCCUUGAUUGGGGUUUCAUUUCCUGAUGGGUUUGGCAUCUGGGAGAUGGUUGGAGAAGUUUUCUCUCCAGAUGCACAGAUGAUGUCACCACGACUAGGUCCAAUCUCCAUCCUGGGCUUUCCUGAGUGCAGGAUGUUGGCCUUAGCCGCCCCUGUUAGAGGGCACUUAAUCUUACCGGCCAUCCUCAAUAUUUAUGGCAUUUCAACAUCGCUUGUCAUCGUAGCACUAUAUCACACACACGACUCGAGAAUACAUCCAUUCACGUCCCAAACUUUUUGCUCGGUUUGGGGUUUUAGUAAUCGCCUCUUGGCUGGGAGUCUGGAUAUUCUGUCCAGUAGGCAUGUAAAACACAGGUCAAACAUGGAGGACAGCUGCUAUACGGCAGCUUAGUAAGAGAACGGAGAGUGGAGAGAGCAAGGGCUUAUCUUUUUACCAGCCCUCAUUGAUUUAGGGACUUAUAAAAGAUGGGGCCUCCGAAGACGCUCGCAAGCCAGGUUACAAUUUAGGACUUUCGAAUGGGCUUUCAAGCACAGCGCUGACCUGAGAUCUGUGGAAAUCGUAUCUAGCAGGGACCCAUACGCGCUUCUCGGUUUCCGACAUGAAACGCAGAGGAUGGCGGAUCCCAAUGACAUAUGUCUAGGGUGUCUGUCCUCACGGGAGCCCCUACUUACGAGCCUUCGCUCCAGCAGAUGAUCCGAGGAAUCACUCUUUAUGGGGGAAAUUCUAUCGAGGUUCAGUGCUUUCCCAAGCCAAACACCACCCAUCCGCCAGCACACCCUAACCCUUAGAAUAACAGUCUCCUAUUUAAGGCCCUAUUUGCCAUUUGAAGAGAAAUUCUGAGUUUGAAACGUAAAACCAACAGAGGGGUAAAUGUAGUAUCCGUAUUAUUCAAGUCGGCAGUGAUUAAAAUCGUCCAGGUUUAAUCAGCAUAUGGAAAUAUUCCUGGCUACCAGUUUGAACAAAUUCAGCUGGCUCGGGACAUUCCUGAAAAAUAGCUCGUAAACCCAGAUGACUGUACAGUACUUGGUUGCUGAGAACAAAAUUAUGGAACUGCCGCCGUGAGAGAGUAGAAACCACUUUUUCUCUUUGCUAUGCUAUUGGUAUUAAUGCCAGUGUAAAGUUAUGCUUUUCCAAAUGAACCAUCAAACCAUUUCUAAUGGAGUAUGCCUUAUGUGUUUUUGUGUGUUUUUAUUUUCUUAUGUUCUAUCCUUGCAUGAUGUUCUAUCAUCUGUAACAAAUCUAAAUUGGCUUGGCAAGCUUGAAUAAUCUUUACCAUAUGUCACAAUAACACUGUAAAAAUAAUAACGGGAUCGAUGAUGUCAAUGAAAUCACUGGAGAAUAGGGUUGCCGAGCAUGGUGUUCUCUCAAAAGCAUUACAUUGAUAACCAUAUUUAAUUUACUUCAUUGUAAUUUGUAUCAUGUAUUCUGUCUAGAUAGUUCUAAUGAUGAGAAACUGUGUACCUUUUUCAGGCAACCAGGGAGACCCUCAGCCACCACUGUGGAAUGCUGGGAGACGCCCUUUACAAGGAGAAUGAUUUCGCUCUCAUCAUCGACGGAAAGACGCUAAAAUACGCCCUCACGUUUGGAGCACGGCAGUACUUCCUAGACCUCGCCUUGUCCUGUAAAGCUGUGAUAUGCUGCAGGUAAGGCCCAGUCACCUAUAACAGCGUUACACUAUAGUGUGUGUACAUAGUACAUGCUUUCAACUAAAUAAGUUUACUGUUCGAAAUGUGUUAGAGCCACACUGUACUCCGAUUCAGACGCUCAUUGGAUGUUUCCUGUUGAGAGAACUGAGAACCAAGACUCCAAGUACAGAGAAUCCCAAAAUGGUUAGUUCAGCUGGCAUUAAAUUUAGCCUAAUGUAUCGUAGGAGCAAAUCAUGACAAACCUGCCCAUUCAAAGGUUUAUGCACUGUCCUGAAAGGUAAUCAUUUAGUGUGUAGCUCAUGUAUUUUACAAGAGCAAUUUCUGUGUGCUGUCGGGUAGUCAAAUAUAAAAUGGUAACGUUAGAAUUACGAAGCUGCUGCGUGUGUUGAUUUGCACUGGCCGCAUAAAUAAAGGGAAGUACUGAAGUGCUCAGAAGGUCUGGACAGAAAUCACUGCCACGUUUUUUAGGAACAACAACAAACUACAUACAGGUGCCACACUGCCGUGAUCCAAUACAUGACAUCACUGCCGUGAUCCAAUACAUGACAUCACUGCCGUGAUCCAAUACAUGACAUCCCUGCCGUGAUCCAAUACAUGACAUCACUGCCGUGAUCCAAUACAUGACAUCACUGCCGUGAUCCAAUACAUGACGUCAGCUUUUUUUUGUGCUACUUUCUCUCGUUAUACAGCACCCUGAGCGCUGACAGACCUCGGGAGAUGAACAAGGAGGUCUCUUUAGGCACAUAGAAAAAACAUAAACCUGUCUCACUGGGUUUGGCUAACCCUAACCACCACAUCCAGUUUACAACACCUUCUCUUGAGAGUUUUUGUACUGUAGCUGUACAUCAUGGGUUGCGUCCCAAAUGGCACCCUAUUCCCUAUAUAGAGCCCUUGUCAAAAGUAGUGCACUAUAUAGGGAAUAGGGUGCCAUUUUGGAUGCAUGCCAUGUCUUCGACCUGGGCCAAGGCAGAGAAAGCUCUGUAGCUUGGAGCUCCAGGAGCCUGUAAGACUCAGCCUGUCAUUUCAGGGGUAAAAGUUGGAGAGCUCGAAAAAGGAGAGACCACAGAAAGUGGCAGAUCCAUCACAUAACGAGUGGUUUUACAGGCGCAGGCAGCCAGGGAGGUCAGCCAGGGGUCAGGGGUGGAUGAGGUCCGCAGACACGGGGAAGGAGAAUGUCUGUCGUCAAGAAUUAUCAUCCAGAAAAUGAGAUAAAUUGCUUGUGUAAUACCUAAAGCGACAUUGUUUCAAAGACCUCGUCUCAGUUUCGAGUACAGCCUCGGCCUUGUGUUUUGUUGUUAGUCGGCUCGGCACCAACCCACCUUUGCAACUCCCUUUUUUGUUCUUCAGAAUUAGGAAAGCACUAUGAGAUGAACUUUACAGAAUGCUUUCUUUUGUAUUAAUCAGCAUUGUGUAGAUGUCUGCACCUCGCUUCGAUUGGUCAGUUCUGGAAAAUGGCUGAAAGUGUGAAAUGUGUUUUGCAGACAUGAAGAAAACGGACAGUUAAACCAAUCAUGUCCCAUCUCAUUCUAACGUCCUGCGUCACAGACAGUAAAACCAAUCAUGUCCCAUCUCAUUCUAACGUCCUGCUUCACGGACAGUUAAACCAAUCAUGUCCCAUCUCAUUCUAACGUCCUGCUUCACGGACAGUUAAACAAAUCAUGUCCCAUCUCAUUCUAACGUCCUGCAUCACGUCCUACUCUCCUUUUAGGGUGUCCCCGCUGCAGAAGUCUGAGGUGGUGGAGAUGGUGAAGAAGCAGGUGAAGGUGAUCACGCUCGCCAUCGGCGACGGCGCCAACGACGUGGGAAUGAUCCAGACAGCACACGUGGGUGUGGGCAUCUCUGGCAACGAGGGCCUGCAGGCCGCCAACUCCUCCGACUACUCUAUCGCACAGGUGAGGGCUCCAGAGGGACGUUUCCCCUAGGUACAGAUCUAGGAUCAGCUUCCCCUCCCCCAAGCCUAACAUUAACCAUUAGUGGGGAAAAUGUCAACCUGACCCCGUCUAGGGGCAACUCCUUACUCCCACAGGUGAGGAGUUUGAAAGGAGUGUUAGGGUUAGAGGGGUUUACUUUGGGAGUGAUUAGGAGUCCCAUAGGGCGGCGCACAAUUGGCCCAGCGUCAUCCGGGUUUGGCCGGUGUAGGCCAUCAUUGAAAUAAGAAUUUGUUCUUAACUGACUUGCCUAGUUAAAUAAAGGUAAAAUAAAUAAAAAAUACUUUGGGCAAGUGUGCCAGUAUCAGUGGAUCAGAUGGGUCAUCUUAACUUACCCAGGUGAGCAGUAGCAGGACAGGCAUCUGUUGACACCUUAUUCUAUAGCCACAGUUAGGAACUGAUAUAGAAACCCCAUCUUGAAAAUCCUUAUGUACACGCAUUAUUCUAUCUCAGUAACCAGUAUCUCUGAAAGUCAUCUUGCAUAAGCAGCAUUGUGGCGGUAACAAAAGCGACAGGGCUUAUAUACUGUAUCAUGGCUACAUGUUUUCAUGUCUCUCCAUUAUUUCAUGGUAUGUGCUCUCUAUGCCUCACUGUACAUAUAGCCACAGGGUCUGUGAGCGAGCCAAGACUAGUUCACUAAAGCUCGAUGCUGUCUCCAUGGCAUCAGAUUACUCUGACAGAGACUGUCUUGUCUUAAGUGCCCCCACUAUCUAUCUACAUGACAUUCAGAAUGACGAAAGCAGACGGCUUAAUUUAAUCCGUUUAGGUUGCAUCUCAGUAACGUAUCGAAUUACCUUCCAGGCGUGUUGUUUCACCCUCAUUGGCGUGUAACAGUGUACCUUCUGCAAUUUACUGUGCAAUAAAAUCGACCUUUGCAAUUGCAUAAGUUGUUUCCUUGAAUUGUACUGUACAGGCCACAGCCCUGUCCAGACUCACUCCAGACAAUGUAUUGAUUAUAUAGACUGUAGCAUCAUAGCUGCAUAGGAAGACAGUUCAGCAUUAAACAACCUGAAAAUAAUUUAUAGUGCAGUACUGUCCUUUUACUUGGAAAUCAAUUUUGUGAGGUCAGCAAUACAUUCUAGUUCUAUGUGAUUGAGAUGUACAAACAGCACUGUGAAACUUGUUCUGAGAUCAGCUGAAUUAAGUUCAGGGCCCAGGCGCCUCUGCUUUCCAUCUGUCAUCAGCUCAUGACUGUGGGAAUACAAGCCGUUUGAUCUCAGAGUGCCCGGGGUCAGCAGAGCAGGAUCCCCUUAAAUGCUUUAAUUUGCUAAGGAAUACCGUCUCCUCCCUGCUGUUUCUUUGAAAGACGACUUGGCCGUUCAAAUAAUCACAAUUCUGUUGGCGUUUGACUUCAUAAAGGCCUAUGCAUUACAUAGAAGUAAAUUACUUAGAAGUUACAUAGAACUCAAGGUCCAUAGAACUGGAAAACAGGAUGAGAUGUUGAACUUCCCUACAUCAGUGUUACAGUAUGUGUGUUGUUUGUAAAAGCUAAGCUUGACGGUAACCAAGACAAAACAAUUGCCCAAGAGCAACCUUCUCAAUCUAAUCAAUGUUAUCAACAAGCGAUUACACGAAUAUGAAGUCCGCCGCAUGCCCCAAAUAGUAGGCUUAUCAGAAAGCCAUUAAAGUAUUAUGUGGAGCCCUGGGAGAGUGUACCCCCUCUCUGCCCCUUUCCCUUUUCAACAACUUAAGGCAAAACUAAGCCCAAGCUGUAUUAAACUGUGACAAAAAAUGCCUGAAAUGUAUCCGUGAAGACCUUGCCCUCAACUGCCCUUCAGUUUCCUGCUUUCAAACGACGAUAAGAUUGUUCCUUUAUUUAAUCUAAGAGUUCUUCUCAAAUGCAGUUUUUUCCUCAAGGCAUAGCCCCGGUCCUGGGUUGUCCAGGAACACUCUGUAUAUAAACUCUAUAAUGCCAGUCUUACAACUUUUAGGUUAUUCAUUUAUCUUGGCCCUUCUUCUCCCUGCCCUCCCACGCAGUUCAAAUACUUGAAGAAUCUUUUGCUGGUCCACGGCGCCUGGAAUUACAACCGCGUAUCCAAGUGUAUCCUGUACUGCUUCUACAAGAACAUUGUCCUGUACAUCAUCGAGGUAAGUCAUGCAGCUCUCUUGACACCAACCGCCUCCGUAGGGUUCCCAGGGCAGUAGCAUUAAAAAAGGUGGAUUUUCCGCAUGACAUUACCAGCUUGAAGUGAAGGGAUUUUCCUCUUUUGUAUUUUUUUUAUAACUAUGCCUAUGCCCUAUAUGCUAGUUUGCCAAUUUGUCUAAGUCUAUAUACAGAUAUAUAUAACAUAUGCUAUAAAACAGAUUCCAUGUAUAUUCAGCUUUACUGACACCCAGUAGCCAAGAAUCCAAUGGCAGUUUUUAGAAAGCUGUAGUAUAGAUAAUAGGAAUGCUGUUCACCAUGUGAAGCAUUUUGGCCUCUGUGGUCUGUGAUGGCAUUUGACAGAAGCCAGGCCUCGUGCUGAUAGCCGUUUCAGAUCUACCAACAAGAGUGAUCUGACAAGCUGACGGCUUGCUAUCAGCACCAACUUUAUCACAGGGUGCUCGGACGGUUUGAUCUAUAGCCCAACACACUUGACUGAAGGAAGUUGCACCUCUGGAACAGCUCAAUGUUUUUCUGAAAGUCUCUGAAGCAGUGAAGUCGCCAAUUAGCUUUUGGCUGACAAUCCUUGUGCCCGAGAUGUCUGUCCAUCGGGAGCCAGUGAUACAGACACAGUGAAUUACAUACUCCCCUCUCCCCCCUGAGUGAGACAUCACUGUGUGCUUCUGGGCGCGCUGGAGGAUUAGACAAGGGGCUUCUGGGCCCAGUCAUCCUGAUGAUGUCAUGAGAAUGUCACCACUGCUGACAAAAUGCUCACGGCGCAUUACAGACACCGUAGGGUUGUACGCUGUAAGCGACACAACCCGUACGGAAAUAUGAGCCCUUUAAAAUGUUAUUUUUUUCCAUAUUUUUCUGGGCCACUUGAUCUUUGAACUCCUUUUUCAUCUUCAUUUUGGUUUAUGUGCUGCGGUAAAUCUCAGCGUAACCUCAAGGAUUCCAGCAUGUCUGCGUCUUGUCUAUGUAUGAUGGCCCACGUCUAUAGAAACAAUGUCUUUCAAUGGAUCACAGAUCUUUGCACUGUUGGGACAUGACUUCUGAGAGACUCUGAUGUCCAAGAUAACAUAACCAUUUUUAAUGGUAGUAAACUGCCUUUGUUGACACUGCAACAGGCAAUCCUUUCAUUUUCAUAGGGCACCAUAGACAUACAGAUCCUUGUAUUUUUUGUCUCAUUCACCAUUUCCCUUUGACUCAGUGUACACACUAAGUACAGCUUGGAUUUCCGUCAAACCAUUUAGGUAAAGGAUACCAAAUGUAAAUGAGAAACAAAAAUGAAAUUCAAAUUGCAAUCAAGGGCCGCCGGUGAUGGAGGCAAAUACACGGCAUGGUCAGAAAUUAGACCUUUAAAUGUAAAUGCAAAUUUUGUUGUCUUGGCUUUUUCCCCCUUGGGGUAAUCUUGUUGCACCCACUGGGAAACACUCUUUGAACUUGAAAUAGUUGGCAAAAAUUUUGAAAUGAUUGCCAAAGACCGGCGGUUCUCAUCACACACCAGGCCAUAUGACCCUCUCUCGUUCCUUUAUGUAAAUGAUACAUGGACUUGACUUGUGGUGGUGGGAGACUCUGAGCAAAACAAGCUCAUUACAACGUUUUCCUGUCUGAAUUAUUCCCCCACUUUAUUUAGCCUCUUGUGUCCAGCCACCAGCGCUCUUUCAAAUAUACCAGUUCCCUUUUCAUAAGCAGGUUGUUUCUCUCAGCUUGUGCAGCCUACAGUUCUGUCCGCAAGGCGAGUCCCUUCCCAGCACACCUUUUGUUAACUCCCUGAAAAUGUAACCCCCCCCCCACUACCCUCCUACAGGGGAUUCAUAUACAUAAUAGAGGAUUUCUUCACUGUUUUGCUUCUUUGUAAAGUAUCAAACGCCCCUGUUUUGUAAGGGCCUGACAGCCAAGACACAAGCAACCCAGGGGAGGGCUAAAAGUUACAUUUGUUGCACUCAUAGGUUUACUUUUGUGAGCACAUGUUUUUGACUCUCCCGCUCCCAGGUCAUGUCCUAGAAGCAGAAACUGGGAGAAAGGUAGAAAUGGGGAAUUUUUACUUUUUUCUGAGAACAUUGUCUGUUGCAGUGUGUAUUAGAAACUGAAUACCAUGGCUAGGAGAUUGUAUAGAGGACUGUGGCCUGGCCGGGCCUGGCUUGUUCUGUUCUCUACUUCUCUGUCUAGCAUUAGCCUUUGGUGGUUUGAAAAGCAUAGGGGGGGGGGGGGGGUUCAAGGCCAUUGUAGGGAAUGUGAGUGUAGGCAGAGAGGAAGAGGCGAAGCGAGAGGUUUCACUCUCGCCAAAAUGUGUCCAAAAUAAGCCCAAUGCGUUUCUAUGGGCUUAUUUUGGACCUAAGCUUGUCGCCUGCCUUUCCCACCUUUGGGACAACGACUCCCAUUUUUAGGGCGGAGACAUGAACAUCUCGUCAUUAUAUACAGAUGUCCGAUGGUGGGAGCAGAAGCUGUGUUAUAAUUGCUGUUUUGCUGGGAGCCUGGAUGGAAGGAGGUUAAUUGAGCAUCAGGAAGUGAGGCUGUCUGCUGGAGGGACAGGUGGGGCUACCAUUCAAUGCCCCAGUCAGGUUUCUCAUGGUCUCGCUCUUCCCCAGCUAAUGAGCUGUCUUUUUCUGAAGGAACACUCAAACUUGACAGGACUUAACUUUUUCUUAACUUUGUGAGGUAUGGUUGGAGGGAGACAAUGAUGAUCAGAACAUUACGGGGGAAAUGAGGGAGCUGAAGAUACUGUGAAGUUAUAAAUUACACACAUGCCAAAGGAUAUUCAACGCAGCAGUCAUACACUACUUUCUUUCCUUUGUCUAUAAUCUUGCAAUGCUAAAAUUUGACAAACUGGAAGGAUUAGCCACAUUCAAACUGAGACCUUUUCAAUGAUGUUGCCAUAGCGACUUACUUCAAAUGUUUGGUCCAGCCGAGCACUACUUGGCUUGAUUGACACGUCGUCAAGCAGCCCCAGAGAGACUGAUGGACAAGUGGCAUUUAUGAGAUAAUUACAAGAGGCUCAUUCGGUGCGGCUCAGAAAGCCUGGAGAACGCCUGGAGCAUACCCCUCUCUUUCUCUUCCUUCAUACCCCUCUCUUUCUCUUCCUUCAUACCCCUCUCUUUCUCUUCCUUCAUACCCCUCUCUUUCUCUUCCUUCAUACCCCUCUCGUUCUCUUCCUUCAUACCCCUCUCUUUCUCCUUUGCCUUUUUAUAUGGGGGAUAAGGAGUCUGUUUGGAUUUUUUCAGGGGUUCUGCAUAGGCGCAAAGAGUGCUGUCGUUUUGUUGAGGACAAAUGUCACUCCUCUCUCUCCCUCCACCCCCUUCUUCCCACACAGAUGCCUACGGAGCUGUGGGACGGCGUUUCGGAAUCAUUUAUUUUUUAUUCUGCUGAUGAGUAACCAGGGAGCUUCUUUAUCGGCGGCUCCCUUUCCCUCCUUCCUCCGAUCUGUUUUUCAGAAUGUGGGAGAGAGAGGCCAGCCGCCAGCCCUCUGCUGAGGGGGAAAAUAUGAAGGAAAAACCCCUGCCUGGACCUUCUCCUAAUGAGCGAAUCAAUGCAUCUCUCGAGAGAGAGGGAGAGAAGGGCGCUAGCGGGACCUGAAGGACCAGGCCAAAACACUCACGCAGAAGCUGUUACAGCAUGCUCUGAAAAGGGUUCUUUUUCAACUUAGCACAACAAUAUAUCAGCCCGGAGCCCUUCAUUGAGCCGGCCCUUAAUUAAUUCAGCACUUUGACCCGCCUGCUAGGCCAGCCACACCACACUGCCGGUUUAACCUGCUCCGUGGCUUUCGCCUCGUCUUGCUGUAACCCGUAGCAACGGGGCCUAUAUAUUAGUUUCAUGAAGACAGAUCCUUAAACACAUCUAUUUUAUUUCUGAUGGAUGUACUGUACCAUGGGAUUCUAAUUAAAUGAAAUUGUCACAUGCUCCGAAUACAUCAGGUGUAGAUUUCCCCAAAAAUACAGAGGGAGCACAAAGCAAAACAUCUCCGGGGGAGUCACGUUCUUUUAACGUGUGUGUGUGUGUGUGUGUGUGUGUGUGUGUGUGUGUGUGUGUGUGUGUGUGUGUGUGUGUGUGUGUGUGUGUGUGUGUGUGUGUGUGUGUGUGUGUGUAAAAGAAAAACAGGAGUUGACCACCAGCGGCCCCCACUUUAAAAAACAACAUCAUGGUAGAAUGCACCUGAUGGAGGGAAGAGGUGGGGGAGAGGGAGUGGGGUUUAGGAGCAUGCAUACACACACUUGCUUCACUCUCCUCGCCCAAGAGAAUGAACAGGAGGGGUGGGCGGGUGACAGACAUUUGUUUUGGGAACAUUUUCGCGCAUUCGCUCGAUUGAAUGGGAAGGGCCUGGCUGGUGGAUUGGGAAUUUGUCAUGUAGAGAGUGGGUGGCGGUGGCGGGUGAGGCCCUUAGUCCGAACCGAGAAUAUGUAGCAUUUCAGGCCUUCAUAAUGCAGUUAAAUGAAGUGAGGAAAUGUUCACAGCCUUGCCGUGGCACAGCACAGCAACCCAACAGAAAGGGUCUGUCCAGCGCCACUGUCUGUCCACACAAUUACACAGAGACAGACAGGCUGUUUCUCACCGGAAAACAACAAGCCCUUUCUUUGCUUGUCAUAUGCUUUAAUUAACAUGGUUGGAAAUCGAUUUACGUUAUUUAUAUGGAAACAAGUCCACCAUCAAUGACAAAAUGUGUUAUCGUUGCAGUCUCUGGAUAUUUCUCCAAAAGGUACUAGUUUUCGGUAGUUGUUAGUGUUAGAGCAACAACCAGCUAAAUGUACACUUCCCUGUUUUCCAAAGCCGUGGCAGUUUAGUUUCUUGCCUGACAGGUGAAGCUGUGUCCAGACAAGUCUGACUAAUCAAGGAAUGAGGUGAUAACUAAGAUUCAUAUGGUUUAGAUACAUUAUCUUCACCUCCCCUCUCCUCCCUCGGUGAGCAGAUCCAAGGCUGUCUUUAUCCAGCCAGUCUGUCCAAUCCCCUGGCUCCUGCCUCAUCACUAAGGCUGGCUGUCACUUGGAUGUUGCUGGCUGGCUCAUUGGAGGGAAACGGUGGGCUUGAUAUACUGUAUGUUCAGAUGUUAUCCCAGGCUAAAUCCAUUGGAAAUAUUACACUGUGGAAAUGGUAUCUCUUAGGCUUCGUUUUCCCACUCCCACUCGUACCCACUAAUUCAGUCAGUCUUGGUCCCUGUCUCCUGUCCCCCACAAAGUUUGAGAGGCGUUGCCUUCAGAGACUAAUGAUGUGUUGAGCACAGGUCAGAACUUCAAAAGGACCAAGAUUAGAUUUUAGACUAAUUUUAGCUCUUUUUACAUUGCCGGGAAAAUGUUUCUUCAAUUCUUUCCUUUAGUAAAGGGCGUAUUACUUAAUGUCAGGAUGUCUUUUUGAUUACACCUAUUGGCAAUACAUUAUUUUAACCAAAGUUAACGUUGUAGUAAUUGAUGAUAUUGUAUUGGUAUGUGUAGUAGGUGUCAAUGUGAAGUUUCUUUAUCGUCAUUGGACAGUAAAACAUGUCCCAUCAGGGAUUGAGGGUAAUGGUGUGAUAUCUGCAGAUCCUCUUUGGACACACAUGGACUGAUGCUAAUCGACUAAUGGGGACACCACUCUCCAUUACUAUCAGUGAUGGAAAGCAUGCAUUCAAACGGUGGAGGGGGAGAGACCACAUGCACUUCUAUCACUGAUGAAGGAACCCUAUCUACCGCUUGAAAAAACACCUAAAAGAUAAAUGUGAUAUCAGUUGAAAAGGAAAAGAUUCACUUUGAGUAAAGACGUGAAACCAUUGCCUUUGUGUUGGCAGAAUGUUUUUUUUUUUUUAUCUUAAUGACAAUCACCUUACGUGCCUUUCUUCCUCAAUGUUGCACUUCUAAUGUCCUCUUUGCUCUGGUGUUUUGUCUCCUUCAGAUCUGGUUUGCCUUCGUCAAUGGAUUCUCUGGUCAGAUUCUGUUUGAGCGCUGGUGCAUCGGCCUGUACAAUGUGGUGAGUGUUAAUGUGAUUUACUCGGCUCUCUCUAUUACUGUGGAAGCGCAUGUUAUAUAAUUCUCCUCCCCUGUCGCUCUCUGGCAAGAAAAGUAAUUUGCCGUGGCGUGAUCCCUUUACUGCUGGGAAUGUCCCAUUUAUUUAUGACCUGUUGUCAAGUCCAUAUUCCCCUUGUGCCCUGAACUAUGUACCGAAUGUGAAAACAGCCUUGCAUGCCCCUAAAGAGUGUAGUUAGUGAAGGUGGUCGUUUGUGAAUUAUAAAGGAACAGGUUGAAGAGAGCAGCACACAACCAGCUCUGAGCAACUGGUGUCCCACAGGGUUGGGUGUUGGGUCCCCUCUUAAUGAACCAAUGUCAAAUCAAAUUGUAUUUGUCACAUGCUUCGUAAACAACAGGUGUCGACUAACAGUGAAAUGCUUACUAACGGGCCUUUCCCAACAAUGUAGUUUUAAGAAAAUAUUUACUAAAUAAACUAAAGUUUUAAAAAAUGUAUAUAUAUUUUUAAAAUAACAGAAAGAAAAAUAAUACAUAGAAAAAUAAUAACACAAGGAAUAAAUACACGAGUAACAACUUGGCUAUAUACACGGGGUACCAGUGCCGAGUCAAUGUGCAGGGGUACGAGGUAAUUGAGGUAGAUAUGUACAUAUAACUAGGAAUGUGACAGAUGAUAAAUAGUAGCAGCAUUGUAUGUGAUGAGUCAAAUAAGUUUGUGCAAAAAGGGUCAAUGCAGAUAGUCCAGGUAGCUAUUUGGUUAACUAUUUAACAGUCUUAUGGCUUGAGGGUAGAAGCUGUUCCGGGUCCUGUUUGUUCCAGACUUGGUGCAUCGGUUCCGCUUGCCAUGCGGGAGCAGAGAGAACAGUCUGUGACCUGGGUGGCUGGAGUCUUUGACAAUUUUUAGGGCCUUCCUCUGACACCGCCUGGUAUAGAGGGCCUGGAUGGCAGAGAGCUCGGCCCCAUUGAUGUACUGGGCCGUACGCACUACCCUCUGUAGCACCUUGCGGUCGGAUGCCAAGCAGUUGCCAUACCAAGUGGUGAUGCAGCCAGUCAAGAUGCUCUCAAUGGUGCAGCUGUAGAACCUUUUGAGAAUCUGAGGGCCCAUGCCAAAACAUUUCAGCCUCCUGAGGGGGAAGAGGCAUUGUUGUGCCCUCUUCACGACUGUGUUGGUGUGCUUGGACCAUGUUUAUUUUCUGUCAAAUGAAGUGAGCGCACGGAUGGAAAUAAUGUUUAUUUUAACCCUGCAACUAAAAAAUAAACAUGUAAUAGUACAUUGUUUGGGAUUCAACGUGUAGCUUUAUACUGUUUAAUAAAGAUAUACCUAAGUCUAUAAACAGAAAAGAGUGACGGAAGGGAGAGGAGAGAAGUUGCAUAUUGUUGAUGGCCCACAAAUGGAAGUGAUUUCGUCAUCAAUCAAGAAAUUACAACAUAGUCACCGCUCUGGCUGUUUUCGAGAUUCCUUAAUAAACAGCCAACAUUUUAAACAUAUAACAGUGUACAGUGCCUUGCAAAAGUAUUCAUCCCCCUUGGCGAUUUUCCUAUUUUGUUGCAUUACAACCUGUCAUUUAAAUGGAUUUUUAUUUUGAUUUCAUGUAAUGGACAUACACAAAAUAGUCAAAAUUGGUGAAGUGAAAUGAAAAAAAUAACUUCUUUCAAAAAUGUCUAAAAAAUUAAUACCGGGAAAGUGGUGCGUGCAUAUGUAUUCACCCCCUUUGCUAUGAAGCCCCUAAAUAAGAUCUGGUGCAACCAAUUACCUUCAGAAGUCACAUAAUUAUUUAAAUAAAGUCCACCUGUGUGCAAUCUAAGUGUCACAUGAUCUGUCACAUGAUCUCAGUAUAUAUACACCUGUUCUGAAAGGCCCCAAAGUCUGCAACACCACUAAGCAAGGGGCACCACCAAGCAAGUGGCACCAUGAAGACCAAGGAGCGCUCCAAACAGGUCAGGGACAAGGUUGUGGAGAAGUACAGAUCAGGGUUGGGUUAUAGAAAAAUAUCUGAAACUUUGAACAUCCCACGGAGCACCAUUAAAUCCAUUAUUAGAAAAUUGAAAGAAUAUGGCACCACAACAAACCUGCCAAGAGAGGGCCGCCCACCAAAACUCACGGACCAGGCAAGGAGGGCAUUAAUCAGAGAGGCAACAAAGAGACCAAAGAUAACCCUGAAGGAGCUGCAAAGCUCCACAGCAAAGAUUGGAGUAUCUGUCCAUAGGACCACUUUAAGCCGUACACCCCACAGAGCUGGGCUUUACGGAAGAGUGGCCAGAAAAAAGCCAUUGCUUAAAGAAACAAAUAAACAAACACAUUUGGUGUUCACCAAAAGGCAUGUGGGAGACUCCCCAAACAUAUGGAAGAAGGUACUCUGGUCAGAUGAGACUAAAAUUGAGCUUUAUGGCCAUCAAGGAAAACACUAUGUCUGGUGCAAACCCAACACCUCUCAUCACCCCGAGAACACCAUCCCCACAGUGAAGCAUGGUGGUGGCAGCAUCAUGCUGUGGGGAUGUUUUUCAUCGGCGGGGACUGGUAAACUGCUCAGAAUUGAAGGAAUGAUGGAUGGUGCUAAAUACAGGGAAUUUCUUGAGGGGAAACCUGUUUCAGUCUUCCAGAGAUUUGAGACUGGGAAGGAGGUUCACCUUCCAGCACGACAAUGACCCUAAGCAUACUGCUAAAGCAACACUUGAGUGGUUUAAGGGGAAACAUUUACAUGUCUUGGAAUGGCCUAGUCAAAGCCCAGACCUCAAUCCAAUUGAGAAUCUGUGGUAUGACUUAAAGAUUGCUGUACACCAGCAGAACCCAUCCAACUUGAAGGAGCUGGAGCAGUUUUGCCUUGAAGAAUGGGCAGAAAUCUCAGUGGCUAGAUGUGCCAAGCUUAUAGAGACAUACCCCAAGAAACUUGCAGCUGUAAUUGCUGAAAAAGGUGGCUCUACAAAGUAUUGACUUUGGGGGGUGAAUAGUUAUGCAUGCUCAAGUUUUCAGUUUUUUUGUCUUAUUUCUUGUUUGUUUCACAAUAAAAAAUAUUUUGCAUCUUCAAAGUGGUAGGCAUGUUGUGUAAAUCAAAUGAUACAAACCCCCCCCCCAAAAAUCCAAUUUUAAUUCCAGGUUGUAAGGCAACAAAAUAGGAAAAAUGCCCAGGGGGGUGAAUACUUUCGCAAGCCACUGUAUGAGGCGGCCAACUCUUUCACUUUAUCUAAAAAGCGGGGAAAUUUCACAGGCUCUGUGGCAGUCUGUCGGAGGCAGCGGGCCGAAUCCGCCCCUAAAUGGCGAUGCUUGGCACCCUGAAUGAGAAUAGAGCCCAUGCAGUGGAGCAUGUCCUCCUGCAGAGCACCCCAGCCAUACUGUACAAUACUGACACUCCUCUCACUUCUCUCACUCUUCUCUCCCUCUCUCCCCAUCUCUCUCUCAACAGCUGCUGCAGAAAGAAAUAUUACAACACCACAUAGAAAUUAAAAUAGCUCUGCGAAAAUACCUGCUAACUAGUCAAGGGCGUUGCAGAUGUUCGUCCAAGAUGGCUUUUGCAUAUAAACGGAGCAUGUCUAGUCAAAAUAAAAGGCCAAAAGUGCUAAACGCUCAACAGCCUCCACUCAAUAAAAUCAGUGCAAGUGCUAGUCAGUCAUAACUUCAGCAUAUGGCGAUCAAUGCAAAAGGGAAGCAAUUUUUGUUGUUGUUUUCAAUAGGCUGUGUACACUGUUUCCCCCCCAAAAAAAUGUGUGAUCAAAUUAUUAUUAUUUUUUUUUUUCAUUUAGCUGACACUCUUAUCCAUAGCGAUUUACAGGAGCAAUUAAGGUUAAGGGCCUUGGUCAAGGGCACAUUGACAGAUUUUUCACCUACAGUGAGGGGGAAAAAGUGUUUGAUCCCCUGCUGAUUUUGUACAUUUGCCCACUGACAAAGAAAUGAUCAGUCUAUAAUUUUAAUGGUAGGUUUAUUUGAACAGUGAGAGACAGAAUAACAACCAAAAAAUCCAGAAAAACGCAUGUCAAAAAUGUUUAUAAAUUGAUUUGCAUUUUAAUGAGGGAAAUAAGUAUUUGACCCCCUAUCAAUCAGAAAGAUUUCUGGCUCCCAGGUGUCUUUUAUACAGGUAACGAGCUGAGAUUAGGAGCACACUCUUAAAGGGAGUGCUCCUAAUCUCAGUUUGUUACCUGUAUAAAAGACACCUGUCCACAGAAGCAAUCAAUCAAUCAGAUUCCAAACUCUCCACCAUAGCCAAGACCAAAGAGCUCUCCAAGGACGUCAGGGACAAGAUUGUAGACCUACACAAGGCUGGAAUGGGCUACAAGACCAUCGCCAAGCAGCUUGGUGAGAAUGUGACAACAGCGAUUAUUCGCAAAUGGAAGAAACACAAAAUAAAUGUCAAUCUCCCUCGGCCUGGGGCUCCAUGCAAGAUCUCACCUCGUGGAGUUGCAAUGAUCAUGAGAACGGUGAGGAAUCAGCCUAGAACUACACGGGAGGAUCUUGUCAAUGAUCUCAAGACAGCUGGGACCAUAGUCACCAAGAAAAUAAUUGGUAACACACUACGCCGUGAAGGACUGAAAUCCUACAGCGCCCGCAAGGUCCCCCUGCUCAAGAAAACACAUAUACAUGCCCGUCUGAAGUUUGCCAAUGAACGUCUGAAUGAUUCAGAGGAGAAAGUGUUGUGUUCAGAUGAGACCAAAAUGGAGCUCUUUGGCAUCAACUCAACUCGCCGUGUUUGGAGGAGGAGGAAUGCUGCCUAUGACCCCAAGUACACCAUCCCCACCGUCAAACAUGGAGGUGGAAACAUGCUUUGGGGGUGUUUUUCUGCUAAGGGGACAGGACAACUUCACCGCAUCAAAGGGCCGAUGGACAGGGCCAUUUACCGUCAAAUGUUGGGUGAGAACCUCCUUCCCUCAGCCAGGGCAUUGAAAAUGGGUCGUGGAUGGGUAUUCCAGUAUGACAAUGACCCAAAACACACAGCCAAGGCAACAAAGGAGUGGCUCAAGAAAAAGCACAUUAAGGUCCUGGAGUGGCCAAGCCAGUCUCCAGACCUUAAUCCCAUAGAAAAUCUGUGGAGGGAGCUGAAGGUUUGAGUUGCCAAACGUCAGCCUCGAAACCUUAAUGACUUGGAGAAGAUCUGCAAAGAGGAGUGGGACAAAAUCCCUCCUGAGAUGUGUGCAAACCUGGUGGCCAACUACAAGAAACGUCUGACCUCUGUGAUUGCCAACAAGGGUUUUGCCACCAUGUACUAAGUCAUAUUUUGCAGAGGGGUCAAAUACUUAUUUCCCUCAUUUAAAAUGCAAAUCAAUUUAUAACAUUUUUGACAUGCGUUUUUCUGCAUUUUUUUGUUGUUAUUCUGUCUCUCACUGUUCAAAUAAACCUACCAUUAAAAUUAUAGACUGAUCAUUUCUUUGUCAGUGGGCAAACGUACAAAAUCAGCAGGGGAUCAAAUACUUUUUUCCCUCACUGUAGUCUGCUCGGUUACUGGCCCAACGCUCUUAACCACUAGGCUACCUGCCCCACCCCAAAUGUGGGAUGAACUGGCUAAUGGACAGGAUGAAUAAUCUCAUGUUUUUGAUCCUUUUCUUGGUAUUGUUUAGCCCAUAGUAAGUGAAUUGUCUCUUUCCAGACGUACAUCUUAAUAGGACAUCAUUAGUGUCUCCUUGUUUUCUUUUAACGAAGUAAUGGAAUCAAUGACGUCUUGAAGGUCCUUGCCAUAAUGAAAACCCUGGUUUUUAUUGGGUUAUUCACUGAGGAACGAUAAAAUUCCCAUCUAAAAUUUUAUCUGAUAGCGUCUUUGCGAACAGACCGUUAAUUUAAUCUGCUGGGAUUCUGAGUUUACUACCUUGAUCCUGACUUCUGGGUUCUGUGAGGGGAAAUGUUGACAUUAGUGUGUUUGUGUGUUUAGAUUUUCACCGCUCUGCCUCCUCUCACUCUGGGAAUAUUUGAGCGCUCAUGCAGGAAAGAGAACAUGCUGAAGUACCCGGAACUCUACAAAACCUCCCAGAAUGCCAUGGGCUUCAACACAAAGGUAGAUGAUGUGUCCGUUUGUGCUGCAUUGAAGAACAUUAGAGGAACAUUGUCUCAACGAUUCCAUAAUUUUCUGUCAUUCCACUUUAAUGCCUCAUGUUUUAUGCAUCAUGUUUUUCUGGGACACAUUUCCAUUCAUAGCAUAGUAAAUUCUUAAGUCUUUCUAAGCUUAAAUAGGUUAACUUAGGUUUACUUGGCACCAACAAACAAAAAUCGAGACAGAAGACUGCAAUUAACCAGGCUGUUUUUUUCUUAACCUCUGUUCUGUCUCUGAAUUGACAUCCUUUACACACAAUGGAGACCUGAUAAGCUCUGAAACGCUCCAAACGCAUCUGUCCCAAUUGGCCUGUGUCUGACUCAUGGGGUCUCUACCACCAGUCUGACCGGGUGCAGUGGUCAGACGUUGUCUGCCUGCCUGUCCGCCUGUCUCUGUCUGUUGGGGGAGCUGUCGGUUAGCUUUCCCUGCUGUCUGUUAAUGAAGAUGUCUCCCCUUCUCCACGCCUACCCCUCCCUCCAUCCACCCACCACCCCCGCCUAACUCCCUUACUUUACAGGCGUGGAGACCCAGUUAGUGCAGCAUGGAGACGGAUUAAAGCCAGAGUGGCCACAGAGGUCACGGGCGACAGGGACAGGAGAAGUGGGGGGGAUAGCGGCCCUGAGAGGGGAGGAGGAGGAGGGAGGAGGGGUAGAGAGGAGGGGUAGAGAGGAGGGAGGAGGGGUAGAGAGGAGGCAGGGGGGGAGAGAGGAGGGAGGAGGGGUAGAGAGGAGGCAGGGGGGUAGAGAGGAGGGAGGAGGGGUAGAGAGGAGGCAGGGGGGUAGAGAGGAGGGAGGAGGGGUAGAGAGGAGGCAGGGGGGGUGGGAGGAGGAUAAUGGGGGAGGGGGGUGUAAAGGGAGAGAGUGCUCUGCUGCCAGGGUGUGAUGGCAACCAAUGCGGAAAAUGAUGCAAUUUGUUUAAGCAAGGGGCUGUUUGCGCUGGAGGCCUUCUGCCUGGUCUGGCCUAGCUUGGCCUAAGUACUGUAAAUAAGACAACCCCAGUCUACUAGUCUCUCUCUCUCCCCGGAAGGUUAGCCUGCAUGGGGCCAGUCACCUCAGUUAGUGACCCACGGACCACAACCGGCAUUUCCCCCUCACAGCUUGUAGUUCUGUUUGGGUGAGAGAAGGGCUCCGUAUGGCCCAGUGUUACAUGACCCUCCAGGGAAUAGCAGGGUGAUGUUGUGCAAGACAGGUCUCUGAAAAAACGGACUUGUUGAUUCACAUUGGUUUUCCUCCGUUUUUGUUUGACCCCUCAUUCUCUAAAGACACGUAAAUGAUGACUUGUCCAGGUCACUGUUGUGUUUUAACUGACCUGUCAACUCUUUCCCUCUGAUAUUGUCUUUGUCACAUGGCCCGAAGUGAGAAACCCCUUUCUCUCUGCACCCCUGGGGCUUUUGUCUAAGCGAAUUAAAGGCAUUUGUGUUGAGGAGGUGAGAGGGGGCAGGGGAAGGGUGUGAAAUAUUUCAGACGUCGCCCGCCCACACCACUGUGUCCCCUUUCACUUUUAAUUACAUAUUCCUGACACUUAAGUCACUCUAAGAAACUUCAGUCCCCUGACGUGGCCCCCAGUAAUAACACCGCCUCACCAUUCACCCCCGCCCCCCCUCUCUGUGCAACAGCAUUAAAGCGGAAGGGGAGGGGACUGGAAAUAUUUGGCUCGAUAUAAACUACAUCCAUUCAUGCUUUUUUAAGCAAUUAGGCGCUGCACAAUGGGCCCGAAUCUUUUAGCCCGGUACGAAUAAGGACAGGCAGGCAUUCACGCCGGGGUUCUUCUAAACUUGCCGGGAUACAGCGGAGGGGGGUGGAGGUGGGGGGAGGGGAGUGAGGCUUCACUGUGACAAAUGAUUAUGAACAUUUAUUGAUUUCAUUAGUAUUCAUUAGGGUGCUGGGCACUUGGAAAGUAUGGUUUUUCCACAAUGUGUUGGGUGAGGUGGGUUGGGGUUGUUCCACACUGUUGUGCUGGGCAGAGUGAGGAAGGUGAUGUGAGGUGGGGUUGUUGUUCCACACGUGUUGUGUUGUGUUGGGUGAGGUGGGGUAAGGUUGUUGUUCCACACGUGUUGUGUUGUGUUGGGUGAGGUGGGGUAAGGUUGUUGUUCCACACGUGUUGUGUUGUGUUGUGUUGUGUUGGGUGAGGUGGGGUAAGGUUGUUGUUCCACACGUGUUGUGUUGUGUUGUGUUGGGUGAGGUGGGGUGGGGUUGUUGUUCCACACGUGUUGUGUUGUGUUGUGUUGGGUGAGGUGGGGUGGGGUGAGGUUGUUGUUCCACACGUGUUGUGUUGUGUUGUGUUGUGUUGUGUUGGGUGAGGUGGGGUGAGGUUGUUGUUCCACACGUGUUGUGUUGUGUUGGGUGAGGUGGGGUGGGGUGGGGUGGGGUUGUUGUUCCACACGUGUUGUGUUGUGUUGGGUGAGGUGGGGUGGGGUGAGGUUGUUGUUCCACACGUGUUGUGUUGUGUUGUUGGGUGAGGUGGGGUGGGGUUGUUGUUCCACACUGUUGUUGGGCAGAGUGAGAAGGGUGAGGUGGGGUUGUUGUUCUACACUGUGUUGUGUUGGAGGGUUAGGUGAGGUGGGGUUGGGGGUAGGGGUGGAGUUAGGGACAGAGGGGAAAGUUGUAUGCUACUUGCCAGUGGGAGACUAAUUUGGUUUAAACGUGUAAUUGUAACAUUGGAGAUCAUCUAUCACACAUUGAACCACAGAGAGGGGGGUGCUCCUGCCCCAGCGUGGUGGCCUGUUGGCAGGGUGGGAGGUGAAGUAAGGCCAUUGUUUUGUUAAGGCGAUAGCAAAGGUGAGAAGGUCAUGCCAGAGAGGCCAAGGUAUGACAUAGAGCCCAGAACAAGACACUCUCAGUAUAAUCCCUCUCUCCUCUCCUCUCCUCUCCUCUCCUCUCCUCUCCUCUCCUCUCCUCUCCUCUCCUCUCCUCUCCUCUCCUCUCCUCUCCUCUCCUCUCCUCUCCUCUCCUCUCCUCUCCUCCCUACCUGUGGACUACAACACUUGGUUUUCAUGUCUUUGAGCUCACCAGUGUUUUGAAAAAACCUGCCAUUGUUUCUUUUUUGUAUAUAGCCUGCUUAUAAUUUAAUGAAAUAAUGAGACAUUUGUACUGCAAAUAACCCACAACCCUGACUUAACCCACCUCUGACUUAACCCACCCCUGACUUAACCCACAACCCUGACUUAACCCACAACCCUGACUUAACUUCUAACCACAGAAUCUCCAAUUGCCGUACUUAAUUACACAUGACACGGGUCCACCAUUAGGGAAUCUGCACUAAAGGGAAACAAGUUGAAGUACAAGGAAAACCAUGCUGCAUACGCCCACUCUUUUAAACAACGGUUUGGCUAUAGCACUUAGAGUUGAUUGUUAUUCCAAAAUUGCUUAAAACCUGUGAAAAACGCGUCGACUUCAAUAAGCCGGCGGUUUUAUAAUUUGUCUUGGAUAAGAAAUUGUGUAUUCAUAGACCGAUUUUAUGAAGUUGUCGAGAGCGCUUUUUGCGGAAGUGUGAAAUUAAAUUGGUCAUGCUGCCUGCCAAAAAUGGAUUAAAAAGUGAAUCUUGAGAGUAAAGUGAUUACCCACCCCCCAGUCAAUGUGCUGCUUGCUGUUUUAUUCAAAUCUAGUUCAACUUUUAGGAAUAACAGAGCAGUGAGUGGAGCAGGGUCGGGAAACGAGGGGGCAUGAAUACAGACUUUUUUGGCGGAGUUGAUUUCACGGCCAUUUCAUGCUACAUCACCCUUUAGUGUUGUGUUUGGCGACAUCCGAGCAUAAUGUACAUUUGAAACACUGUGGUUUUGGAGAGGGACUAUUGAUUUAAACGGCUCAUCCAAGAUCCACAAACACACACCAACAACACACACUCCAAACGCCUGUGUGGAAACACACACACCACUGUGCCCCUUCUUUUCCAGCUUCUGACUAAUUACCGUAAAAACAAGUUAAUCCACGUCAAACAUGUCAACUUCUCUGUGUUUUUAGAUUGAUUUCUGCUUGUUCAGUGCCCUCUUCAUUCAUUUUUCUCCCAAUCCUACAUUUGCAUAUGGAAGACUGUUGAAAUUUUAUGGUGGGAGGGGGGGUCUACAGGAAAGGACAGGGAAAGGAAAACUACCCCCCCACAUAGUCCACCCGACUUGCGUGCACACACACACAAAGUCUCACACACACACACACAGUUACACACACACACACACACACCAAACCUACACACAUCCCUGCACCCUCUCUUUUCCAGUCCUACACACACACAGGAUAUACAAAGUGUCUGUCAGAGGGGUGGCCAUUCAGAGAGGAGGCCCUACAAAACCGCCACAAAGAGCCCAGGUCAGGGGUCGCUAGGUGGGUUGGGUCGGCCACCGGGUUUCUCAUGCUUUUUCUCUCCUUUUCUCCUUUUCUCCCUGGAACCCACCCAACCCCCCCCCCCCUCCUUGCAGGUCUUCUGGGCUCAUUGUCUGAAUGGCCUCUUCCACUCGGUCAUCCUGUUCUGGGUCCCCCUCACAGCCUUCAAGCACGGUAAGCACCUCCCAGGGACUCUAACCCUAACCUCCCAGAGACUCUAACCCUAACCUCCCAGAGACUCUAACCCUAACCUCCCAGAGACUCUAACCCUAACCUCCCAGAGACUCUAACGCUAACCUCCCAGAGACUCUAAACCUAACCUCCCAGAGACUCUAACCCUAACCUCCCAGAGACUCUAACCCUAACCUCCCAGAGACUCUAACCCUAACCUCCCAGAGACUCUAAACCUAACCUCCCAGAGACUCUAACCCUAACCUCCCAGGGACUCUAACCCUAACCUCCCAGAGACUCUAAACCUAACCUCCCAGAGACUCUAACCCUAACCUUCCAGAGACUCUAACCCUAACCUCCCAGAGACUCUAACCCUAACCUCCCAGAGACUCUAAACCUAACCUCCCAGAGACGCUGAACCUAACCUCCCAGAGACUCUAACCCUAACCUCCCAGAGACUCUAACCCUAACCUCCCAGAGACUCUAACCCUAACCUCCCAGGGACUCUAACCCUAACCUCCCAGAGACUCUAAACCUCCCAGAGACUCUAACCCUAACCUCCCAGGGACUCUAACCCUAACCUCCCAGAGACUCUAAACCUCCCAGAGACUCUAACCCUAACCUCCCAGAGACUCUAACCCUAACCCUAACCUCCCAGAGACGCUAACCCUAACCUCCCAGAGACUCUAACCCUAACCUCCCAGAGACUCUAACCCUAACCUCCCAGAGACUCUAACCCUAACCUCCCAGAGACUCUAAUCCUAACCUCCCAGAGACUCUAACCAUAACCUCCCAGAGACUCUAACCCUAACCUCCCAGAGACUUAUCUGGCACCCUGCUAUUUGUGACUGAGCCUGGAUUUCUAGUCUCUAUAUGCUCUGGGUGGAGUGAGGCCAGUUAACACACAUACCUUAUCUUGAUUACUUUUCUUUUUUACCCACAACCUCAUGAGUUAUAUACAUUGGCAUGCUUGAACAUAAAUGUGCAUGAACACGUAGGCACACACACACACACACACACACACACACACACACACACUUGAACAUAGACACACACACACACACACACACACUUUUAAGUUCCCCUGUUCAGCUCACACUUCACUAUAUGGCCAAGUAGCUACUCUUCUCAGACUGUGGUAAGGCUCAGGGUUGAGAGAAUGGGGAUCUUAGAGUCGAUGGAGUCUUGGCUGGUGGAGCCAGAGGACCACACAGGCUUGGGCCUGCUCUCCAAACAAAGCGAAGAGAGAAGCCCCUUCAGUCUGACUGACAGGCUGUCAGCAAGGCCUCGAAGCACACAUAGGCAUGUGACUAGCCGAAAGCAAAAAUGAGCCAGACUCUCUCUCUCUCGCUAUUUCUUCUUCUCCCCAAGCACGCCCAGAAAUUAGGGAGUGUUAAAGUAAAUGCUUCUAGUACAAUCAAUGAGGCACAUUUUUUUUAACUGAACAAAAGUUGACCCAUCCCUUAACUGGUAUUUGAGUAGCAGUUUGCUUUGUUUUGAAUACUUCAUUUGUCCAAGAUUAUUAGACUAAUUCUAUUAGUCAAAGAUUACUGGGCUAAUUCUUGUUUUUGUUUUCAAUAAUAACCCGGCUUAACUGGUCAUGUCAACCGUAGUCCAGACUGCUUCCUGAUUCCUCCAUCAGAUUGCUCCAUCAAGCAUAUGCAAUGGACAUUCAUGGACACACACACACACACACACACACACACACACACACACAGUACGGCAACGCAGUGCCGCUCAAGUGGCAGUAAUGGAAGUAAAUUAAUGUCUCUUUUCUCUUCUCUCAUCAGUGCAGUUUUACUCCUGUGUCCAGUGUUACAUCUCACUGCUGUAAUGGGCCAUUAUGUCCAGUGUUACAUCUCACUGCUGUAAUGGGCCAUUAUGUCCAGUGUUACAUCUCACUGCUCGAAUGGGCCAUUAUGUCCAGUGUUACAUCUCACUGCUCUAAUGGGCCAUUAUGUCCAGUGUUACAUCUCACUGCUGUAAUGGGCCAUUAUGUCCAGUGUUACAUCUCACUGCUCGAAUGGGCCAUUAUGUCCAGUGUUACAUCUCACUGCUCUAAUGGGCCAUUAUGUCCAGUGUUACAUCUCACUGCUGUAAUGGGCCAUUAUGUCCAGUGUUACAUCUCACUGCUGUAAUGGGCCAUUAUGUCCAGUGUUACAUCUCACUGCUCUAAUGGGCCAUUAUGUCCAGUGUUACAUCUCACUGCUCUAAUGGGCCAUUAUGUCCAGUGUUACAUCUCACUGCUCUAAUGGGCCAUUUAUGUCCAGUGUUACAUCUCACUGCUCUAAUGGGCCAUUAUGUCCAGUGUUACAUCUCACUGCUCUAAUGGGCCAUUAUGUCCAGUGGUACAUCUCACUGCUGUAAUGGGCCAUUUAUGUCCAGUGUUACACCUCACUGCUCUAAUGGGCCAUUAUGUCCAGUGGUACAUCUCACUACUCUAAUGGGCCAUUAUGUCCAGUGUUACAUCUCACUGCUCUAAUGGGCCAUUAUGUCCAGUGUUACAUCUCACUGCUGUAAUGGGCCAUUUAUGUCCAGUGUUACACCUCACUGCUCUAAUGGGCCAUUAUGUCCAGUGGUACAUCUCACUACUCUAUUGGGCCAUUAUGUCCAGUGUUACAUCUCUAAUAGGGCAUUAUGUUCAGUGGUACAUCUCUGAGGCAUUAUGUUCAGUAUUACAUAUCUAAUGGGGCAUUAUGUUCAGUCUUACAUCUCUAAAGGGGCAUUAUGCUCGCCUGCCCAUACUGUACUCACAGCCUGCAUCCCAAAUGGCACCCUAUUCCAUUUAUAGUGCACUGCUUUUGAACAGGGCCCAUAUGGCUCCGGUCAAAAGUAGUGCGCUAUAAAUGGAAUAGGGUGCCAUUUGGGAUGCAGAGACAGUCUGUCUGCUCUCUGGUAGUUUACUCCAUAGCAGAGAUUUCACAUCAUUUCAUCUGGUCUAAUGGAACUAGAGAAGAGGGACAAGACCAUACGUCUAAAAGCUUUUCAUGUUCAUCCUUUUCACAGAUACGGUCUUCGGCAACGGAAAGACCCCAGACUAUCUCCUCUUAGGCAACAUGGUUUAUACAGUAAGUAAGAGUCUCAAAUGGCACCCUUUUCCCUGUGUGUGUGUGUGUGUGUGUGUGUGUGUGUGUGUGUGUGUUAUGAAGGGAAUAGGGUGCCAUUUGGGACACAGCCUAAGUCUUUUUUGGAUGAGCACACAGAGUCAGUUCAGCCCACCCCUGACUGAUAACCAGUGUUGUAUUUCUGCUUUUUGAGCUUUGAGAAUGAAGACAUCUUUGUCUGCCUAUCUGUAACCUUGUGUUAGCCUCAGCGUCUUGCUGUGAGACUAUUUAUCAGUUUGUUUUGGAUUUCUUUAUUUUUUUUGACCGUCUUGUGUGUCGUUACUGUGUUUUGAUCCAAUAUGUAUAAGUAAAACAUUAUUUCAAGUUUUAAGCCAAAGAAUACACCUUUAGCAUUCAUAUAUAAAAUGCUAUCUGUCAGUGCCUUUUCGUGUCAAACUUCUGGUGACUUUGAUUUUAACUUAUUCUCAAUGGCUAGGAAGAUGUUGGUUUAGCAUUUGACUUUGUGAUGUUCUGUUUCCUAGUUUGUGGUCAUCACCGUGUGCCUCAAAGCUGGCCUGGAGACCUCGUCAUGGACUAUGGUAGGCUCUCUCCUCUCACUACAAUAUUUUGUCUUUCCAUCAACUUUCUCACAUGGUACCACAGACACUUGUAACAAAGGCAGUUCUUAAAAGGUCCAUAAUAAUGCUCCAUCCAUCUGUUCCUCUUCCUCCUGCCACUCUUGGCCACCAUUCACAUUACAUAGGCUUUACAGCAGAACUACUAGCAUAAUCACUUAGUCAUUGUGUAAUUACUCCGUAAUAAGAUGGUAAGUAUUCUGUAUUUACUGUUGUGUAACUCACCGCCAACACUGUAUUUAUAUAUAGACAAAAUGAAGGAACAUGCUCUGUCUCCUCCAGUUCAGUCACAUUGCCAUCUGGGGCAGCAUCAGCCUGUGGGUGGUGUUCUUCGGUAUCUACUCCUCUCUGUGGCCACUCAUCUCUCUGGCUCCGGACAUGUCUGGCGAGGUAAACACUCAUCUUACCCUCCACCCUCCUUUAAACCCAGCAAAACAUGUCUGA